UUACAGCAGUUCUUCUCUUGGGUUGUGACUGUUCAAGGUCCUUUCACACCGGGACCAUUUUUGUCGUGCGAUUAUUUCAGACGUCAAUAUGUUUCUUUGAACACGUAUCCUGUCAAUUCAAGCAUUCACAUCAGCGACGUUUUCCCAUCCUGCGAUAUUGCGGCAUUUAUUUUUUCGGCUCACUGUUGUUUUUUUAAAGUUUCGCAUACUGUGUGUCUUCACUUCUGACCAAUCUGAUUGCGUGUUGUUGCGACGUCAGAUUCACCGGUAUAUCCAACAUGGCCGACCGGCUGAUUGUUUACGUGUCAGAGAACAGAGUGCUUUUUGAUAAAAGACACAAAUAUUACAAAGAUAACGACCUGAAGGACAGUUCGCUAAACGUCUUUGUUUGAACUUUCAUCUGUGCAAACAUAUGCUAACGGUUGUUACCAUAGUUUCAUGGGCUUAUCUUAUCGCCUCUGAUUGGCUAUAAGUGCUGACCGUUUUGCUUGAGCAUGUAAUGAUGUUUCCAGUUUUUCAAGUCAAUCAGACGUGAAGGAGGUGGGACUUUCUGGGGCAAAAGUCUUCCCCAGGAUGCGUCUUUUUUCCCCCCGGAAAGUCACAAAAUCGCAUCGGGCUUGAUGUGUAUAGUCAGGCGCGUCAAAAUUUGCCUCCGAAUAUUUCGUGAUUUCACGUUCUAUAUUUGCGGUGGCCCUGGUGUGUAAGAAUCUUAUCUCUGUUUAAAUUUGUUCUGCAUGCUUAGUAAUUUUUUUAGUUUAAGGUAAUUUUGCUAAAGAAAUGUAAAAUCAAGGGAAAAUAAUCUUUUUUAGGCAAGAUCAGCAGGUCUUCGUCUGGAAAAAUAUAACCCUCAAAAGAUGAGUCUUGUUAGUUUCUGCUUUGCCAUUUUUGUUGAUAAAGUUUAUAUCAGAAGCCCCGCCCCUUCUUGAUUUUGAUUGGUCAGUUAGGGAGAAGAGAUAUUGAUGAGUACAGCAGUGAGAGAAACAGUUUAUGCCACAAGUGUUCUUGCAUUUACAACUCUGAGCUCCGAACAAAAAAAGCUGCACUGGUUUGUUUAGAAAAUACACAUGCCUGGUGAAAAAAAAAAAAAAAAAAAAAAUGCUGUCAGUGGAAACAGGCCCUAAAAUGUAAGAUUUGAUAUGUACCUUCCUUCCGAGCAGCUGUGAGAGACGUUUCUCUGUCUUCAAGUCCACCACAAUCUCCCACUCCAUCUGAUCGACACAGAACUUCCUCGCUGAGCUCCAGGCCUGCACACAGAGACCAGGACUGAUCAACAGGGACAGGUAACGUUUUAUUUUACAGACCUGUAUCUUACUAUCAGUGUCAGAGUGGCUGACUGUGAACUCAUCCUCUGUAUAGCUCAGUUUCAAGCUUGGUAUAGCUAAGUUUGUACACCUCUUUAACUUUUUGUAAGCUGUUCUAAAACACCUAGAGCAAAAUCCUUUUAUCACUUAUCUAUUACUUCAUUUAGUUUUACUUUUAUGAUGUGUGAAUCAGUCAGUUUGUUGUGUUUACCUGUUCAGCCAAGUGUAGCUCUCUUGCCUGCAUUCUUUUUGCCAUUUCUUGGGACCUGCGAUGAGAAAAAGAAAUUCUUGUGAUUUAUUGUCUCAUUUAUGCAUUUAUUAAGUGUGAUCUUUUCCCUCAGUAUCAAACUCACUCAUCGAUGAAGCUCCUUCCUCUCAGCACCCUCUGCUUCAUGUCUUCAAUACUCAAACAAUCAGGAACUUUAUCCUCUAGCUUCAAGAGGACAAACUGCCUCAGGAGCAUUUUCUGCAGGGCACAUUCAGAUUAAAGUGUGAAUAAUAUUUUUGUACACGUAUGUGCAUUUAUAAGAAUGCCCACAGUGACAGACUGACCUCUGCUCUGUAGCAAUGCUGCUCUCUCUCAGAGAAAGUCGGUGGUCUCAUAUGUGAAAACUGGUCAAGCAUUAAGCCAGAGUUCAUGUUGAACUAAGAUGAAACUCCUGAAGAAUGACAGGAACCAAGCAUUAACAUCAACUUGAUCCAAAAACAGACUUUCAACAAUCACCAGCGCUCUACCGUACUACAUAUUUUGUCCACAAGGGGGCAUCAAAAUCCACACAAACUAAAAUAUUCUACUUGUCGCUUUAAAUUGACUUGCUGAAACAGUAAUGAUGACAUUGUUACGUACCUGAAGUAAAAAGAGAAAGUUGGAGGAGUUGCCAAUAAAAAAGAAGUGCAGUCAAACGGUUGGAAAGCUGACUUUUUAAGGAAGAACAGAGGAAGAAACUCUGGAGCUCCUCAGGGUGGCAGUUGGUGUGUGAAUGAAUAAGAGAGCUUCAUCUGCAUUACUUGGAUAAGUCUCCAUGGAGACCAAACAAAAACAAGACAAUAAAACAAAACAAAAAUUAGUUAGGACAAAUAAAAAUGGUUAAGACUUAACACUGUGUUUCUGUGUCAUGUAAACCAAAGAAUUAGCAUUAAAGUUGGAAAUAAAUGAGAAUUUUGUUGCUAGGAAACACGGAUGCCAAGUGAUUGUUUACUUCACUUUCUCCGUGAAAUGCUGAAAUUAAACCAUUUUAUGUGCCGAGGAACAAAAGACAAGCUCAUAAAGUUAAUGACCUAGACAAACCCUUACUACAGCUCCUUUAGAUCCCUUGAAACUAUGCUGUCCAAGCUGUCAACUGAGCUGGUUAACAUGACACUGGUUUAUCCCAAGGUUUCUGCCUUUCUCCUCACUCCUGCUGCUAAACCUGCAUACAUAGUAGGUUAGUAUUGCGUCUAAACUAUAACAAAGAAUUUGGUCCUGACCUUUAAAAGCAUCUUGAGGUAAAUUUAGACAAUAGAGAUUGGAGUUAUGUUUUACAUGAACAUAUUAACCAAAAAAAGAUUUUUUUCUCAAAGCUUAAGCAGAGAAAAAAGCCUAAUGUUGUGAUGCUACUGGUUGUAACGUCAACAUCAAAAUGAGCUGGGUUCAUUUCAGUAGGUGAGCAUUAAGAUUUUUUUAUUGCUUGACUGUAGAGCAGAGAAAAAGGAAGUAGAACUGUAGGCUUCUGUUUCUGUGCAGGCUGUUAUCGUCUCUGUAAACAUCAGUAAACUGUGAUGUUUGGUAACUGAGCUUUAGAGAAAUGAGGAACUAUCAAAGUGAGGAAGGUUACAUAAUAUGAUCGUGUUAAAAUAUGAGGCUAUUUUGAGGCUCAAAGAUAUUUGUUUAAAACUGAUUUCAAUUUGAACUUUCACUAAAUAAAGCAGCCUUAAAUGUAAUUGUGAUUGUUGCCUUCAAUCUUCAUUCCCACCGCUGAAGUCCUACUACAAUGUGAAGAACAACGGACCCAAUGUGGAAACAGAUCAAAGAAAAAAAAAUGCACAAAGUUAAAGAAAUAAAAACAAAGUAAGAUACAGUAAAACAGGGUUAAAGUUUUAAAAACGAAAAAAUGAGUAGACAUAGUCUUUUUAAAGAGCGCUUCAACGAGCAAGAAGUGAAGCGCUGAAGCGGAGCUGUGUAUUGCCACAAGUUUCUGUGACAAUAGACAAUGUUUCCGGUCAAGUUUUUCAAAAUAAGAGUUCAAGCAUUAAAAUAUGAGAAAAGGAAAGAAAGAGAAAAUUUUGAGGUUAGCUGAUUAUACUUUACUAUUGUCAGAAAUUUGGAAGAAAAUUGUAUUCACAAUAUUUGGGCUAUGAUAAAAUGGCUAUACCUAUCAGACGAUUAAUUUGCUCAGUGAAAAUGUUGGAUUGAUGUCAUGAUGGUCUCAAUAAAUACCUUAAGUAGGGUGACCAUAUUCUGAAUCCCCAAAAAGAGGACACAGGGCUGAGUUGUGCGCACACAUGCAACAUUUUGAGUGUUUUUACACACUUCUAACUCAGUUAAACGCAUAAUCUGAAUCCCCAAAAUGACACUUAAGCAGGCCUCCUUGAAAAAAAACGGUGACGUUAUCUCAUCUUUUUAUUUUUUUGCAAAACAUUGGACAUUUGAAGGAUUAUUUUAAUUCUCCCCAGACAGGCUGGACAGCCCCCCAAAAGAGGACAUGUCCAAGUAAAAGAAGGUGUAUAGUCAUCCUAUCUUAAGUCUUCUUUGUAAGCACAGUGUGGGAAUUACUUUAUUAUUUAUUGUCCCAUUUAAAGCAAAAGAGACAAAAGAAGGGCAAAACUUUGAUAGCAUUUUCCCAGGAUCGAAAGUUGUGACCAUGGCAAUGAAAGCUAUUUCCUUAUCAAGCUUUAUGCCAAACUGAAAGACAACCUGAGGAGUUAUUGCUUAGUUUUCAAGUUAGAACCUUUAUGCCUCUUUAUGCCUCCAGUUUAAAAAUGAAAUAAAGAUAUAUUUCAAGACACUAACUGGAAUAAUCAAUAAAAAAGUGAUUUUAACUAUGACUUUUUACAAAGCCUUGAGGUCCUCUCUAUCUGAACUGAAUGUAUGAUCCUAAUGUCAUAAUUUUUAUUAUAACAUGUAUUUUUGUAUGCCGGACUAUGAUUUUUUUGUUUUUUCUUUUCUUUUCAUUUUUUUCCCCCUGCAAAGUCUUGAUUUCUCUUAAACGAAUGUAGCUAUCUCAUUUCAAUAAUGUGUAUUGUCAUUGUCAUUGCUGACGAAUUGAAAUAAAGGUUUGGAAAAACAAAAAAAAAUCAGAAUUGCGAUAAUGUUCUGUAAUGUUCUGUUCGAUGUACUCGAUUUGAGCGUGUGAUGACGUUUUAUAGCAAUCAGAGGCAAGGGAGAUGGGACCCUCCCCUACCAUCCUAUGAAAAAGAAUCCUGACCGGAGCGUUAUCACAGCGACUCUCGUUGACUCUCCCGCCGAAUGCGUACAAUGCUACUGCGCAAGUGGUGGAGUGCGUACAACGCUACUGCGCAAUGUUGGCCCCAGGAAAUGGAAAAAAACGUGAAUUACUGAGAGCUUUUUGGCUUCAAAUCAGUUUACUGGUGGAAGGCAGAACCAAGUUGUCCAUAGUAUAUGAAGUUUAUGGCUGUGUCCCAAAUGGAUCCCUAACCCCUAUAUAGGUGACUAUAUGGGGGUUAGCGCCAUUUUAAAGGGGUGUCCGAAACCUGAGUGAUCAAUUCUAAUGCCCCAUAUAGGCAACUCAAAAUGCCAAUAGAGCAUUGCAAAAUGUAGUGACCAUCCGAUGGUCACUCACUGGUGACCAUCCCGUCAUGCCAUGUAGUGUUCGAAACCUCCAGGGAUUGAGCUCACUACAUAGUCAGCUACAUAGUGAAAUCCCAUAAGGGGUUUAGGAGUUAGGGAUUUAGUGAUUAAUUUCGGACACAGCUUAUAUUUCAGUAUCAAUGUGCUUCAGUGGCGGCUGCUGGUCUUCCAAGGAGGGGAAGCUCAUUUUUCUGGCCUACAUCAUAAUUGUAUUUGUUUAUUAGUAUGUAACAGAACAGAGUCGCCAAACACAACGGCAGUCAUUUUUAACAAAGACAAGAGUCGCUGAGGAUCGGUAAGGUCUCCGGAGCAGUUAAGAACAACGGAAUGAAUAACUCGGAAAAUGCUCUGGUAGAUGUUUUAUUCUUCAAGAUCGCUGAUUCGCUUGUUUAGCUGUCAAUCAAAAAAGGAUUUCGCCUCAGACAGCUCAUCCAAUCAUGGAUGCAGAAGCUUGGAGUCCGGGAGAAAGUCGGGACCGCCCUCUCGCCAUAGAACUCCAGUGAAGCUGGGCUUCCGAUGGGCGGGACAAAGCCCAGCAUUUAUCCAAUGAGCGUCUAGUUUCGCUGCUGGAACAACCCACUUUAAGCUUCCACAUUGAAGUCAGCAGAAGCCCAGCGUCCGGCUGUUUAAAGCGCUGAGGCGCUGCGAGGAUGAAUGAGAACGAAGUUAUGCCGGUUACCUGUGAUCAUCAGCUUCUUAUCACAGUGUCUGAACAAAAGAUGAAGGCUUUCUAGUGCGUAUUUAGUUAAUGAAAUGUACACACAGCAGUACGUAUUUCACCACUUUUUCUUUUUUUGGGGGGGUGACAUUUUAAGGGAAGCCGAGCUUCCCUUGCAGUCUUAGAGCAAUCGCCACUGAUGUGCUUUGACUGUUUUCCAUAGACUGCGUGUUAUUUUUCCAUAUAGUCUAAAAGUGAUAUUUUAUUUUGAAGUAAGCAGUAUUCCAUUUCCGGUUCCUCGCCCUCACUCUGUGUAACUUGACUCCUCUCUCGUAUCUUCAGACGGAGGAGAUUUUAAUCAGUCUAUGGUGAAACAGGAGGGCAGGAGGAGCAGAGCGGACAGCAGGAGGAGAACCUGUUCACCAACUUCAAACAACUUCGUUUCUCUGAGCAUCAGGAGACACGCACUCUCUGGAUUUUAACUCACACGUGUUUUUAAAAGUUUUGACUUUUCUUCACGAGGAGCGCUUUGGACUAUUUUCAUCUUUGCCAUCCUCAAAAAAAGUUGGGCUGGAGAUGUCCGGGUCUUUCUGCAAGAGUCUGUACUCGUUCAGCGGGGAGCAGCACCAGCAGGGUCUGAGCUUCCAGGCCGGGGAGGUCAUCAAGGUGGUCCAAGCUCUGCCCGGAGGCUGGUGGGAAGGCGAGAGGGACGGGGAGAGGGGCUGGUUCCCCUCCAGCUACGUCCAAGUUCUGGAGGUAAGGACACAGAAUCCAUCGUCUCAUUUUGUUUACAUGUCUAACCCUGAGUGGAUGUAACUUUUUAGUGCUUUUUAGUGCACCUUUGACUUUCUGUUGCGUAAAAAACUCCCAGAAACACACAUUCAGAGUGACCUGGGUGAAGACACCCACUGACACACACUCUCGUGGAUAAAGGCAGCAUUGACAGAUGCUCUAAUGAAUAGUUUUCCCGUGCUGUGGUGGUUAUCAGAUUAACUCUCACCCCUCUGCCUCACUGACCGGCUGCACACUUCCUCAUUCCACGCGCACAUUCCUGUCAUACUCUCAGGUCUCCUCUCUCUGUGCGCGUGAAUGCUCAGAGUAGCACGCUCUCCUCCCUGCACACCCAACACACCCCCUCCAUUCCCCUUUGCAGUCCUCCUUCUGCUGCUGUGACUAAAACACCCCACCACUUUCUGAACGUGUUUUUCUAGCUUAAAUGACUGAAUUUUGAAUGAGGUUUGGUUUGUGUCUAGCAAGGACUGUCUUUACCACUCAGCUCUGUCCUCACUAGGGCUGGGCGAUAUGGGAAAAAGUUAAUCACGACAUAUUUUUUUUUGGAUGUAUGUCAAGGUACAAAAAAAAUUAACAAUGCUUAUCAAGUGUAGUAGCGCCAACGUCAGCACGGGGGGCCUGGUGCGUGACAUGCCAGCGCGGCCAUUUUGACAGACAUAACAACACUAAGCGCAUUGGAGUGAAUGUAAUUAGGAUGACGUUUGGUUCUAAAAACCAACUAUUUAUUAGCUGACUACACAGUAAUGGAGAACGGAAUGGAGAGAGCAAAACUCUCCAUUCCGUUUAGCGGUGGUAGCAUCUCAAAAUCAUCUUCUGACCGUACAGUGUGUUCAUAUGGGUCGAGUCCAGCAAUGUCCGCAAUUUUGCUUAGGUUACGCUCUCUUCCUUCAUUGUUCAGUUUGUCCCUGUACGGUAUGUUGAGUCCAAGUUUUGCUCUCUCCAUCCCGUUCUCUGUUACUGUGUAGUCAGCUAAUAAAUAGUUGUUUUUUAAAACCUAAUGUCAUUCUAAUUUCCUUCAUUACAAUACGCUUAGUGUUGUUAUGUCUGUCAAAAUGGCUGCGCUUGCACGUCACACACCGAGCCCCCUGUGCUGAUGUCGGCGCUGCUACACUUUAUUGGUAGCAUGUCUUUUGCAAUACAAUAAGCUACUGCAUCCGUGAGGUCUUUGUGUCUCUUUGUUGUUUGUGUCUCUUUUGUCAAAAGGCGUUGCGCUAGAGAAAGCAAACUGAAUGGUCGGCUGUUUCAGCUGCACAGGUGCCAUGGGCUCCUUGCUCUGCUUGGGGUUUGUAACCCUUUGCAUUGCGCGUGCUCUGACGUAUGAUACUGCUUUUAGUUGGUGAAAAAGAUUUGAGGUAUUCCUCGACUUUGCAAGAACAUGUACUCGACAAAAUUUGCAGUGCACAUUACUCUCCUUCAUGUCUGACUUAAAAAAAAUAUAUGUUCACCACCGUGGUUUUCAUGUCAGUGUUGUCAACGAUGUCAUCAUCUUUUGAGCCUUCAUCUGCAUUUCUGUCAGGGGUAGCACUACUUUUCGUUUUUUUUCUCACCGACAGUGCUGUCAGCUUCAUGUGGUGAAGUGCUAUGGUUGCGUGUAACAGCAGCUUGCUACUACGCAGUUGUUUGCUACUUGGUUCUAAGUCAGCACGAUUGGUUCAGCGUGAAGCGGACCCAGAGCAACUUCCCUUUUCAUUGGUUAUUUGUAGUCUACCAAAACAUGGCAGAAUGCUGUCAAUUGAAAAACAUAUUGACCAUGUUUUUUAUUGAUAUCGUGGCAAAUUAGUUUUCGAUAGAUAUCGUUAUCAUUUUAUCGCCCAGCCCUAGUCCUCACUGCUGCUGUUUGUAUCAAGUCCAUAAUCUAAAUGUGAGGACGUAUUAAUUUGUCAGCAAAAAAGAACCUCCUGAGUCCAGUCUGGAUCUGAUAGGAUCACUAAAACCUGAAGCACAUCUCUUAUCUUCUUGCAGAGCAGUUUGAGGAAUGCAGUGGGCGGGUGGGGCGGCAGGGUGGUGCAGCUUGGAGGCUGUUUUUUAGUGGAAGAGCUGUCAGUUUCAGGGAGCAUGCAUCCUGCAGAGAAUUUUGAGGGACUUUGAAAGAAGCUGUAAUCUUGAACUGUAGCCUGUCUGCAGGGAGCCAGAUAAACUGUGCUUCUAUUUCAGAAAGCAGCUAUUUAUUCAAUAAUUUAUGUCUUUUUACCCACCUUGUUUCUGAACCUUUGUGCAGACAGUAAGCUAAGGUCCUGGGACUAAAAACUCUUCCAGAGGACAUAAAAGAAGCAGCCCUAAAACAUGCUUGUUAAUGAGAAUAUGACAAGGAGGACCAUGGUACACAUUCAGACAGCAAACAGUGGCGUGUGACAGCUUUGAAAUUAGUAAGGAGCCUCGCAUGUAGACACAGAGAAGGGGUGUGCAUGGACAAAACAUCCCCACUGUCCAACACAAUCAUAAAAGUGGCGGCAACCAGUCUCUUUAUGGGUUCAGAAACAGGGUUUGAAUCAGAAAUAAAUCUUUUUCCUCUCACCAGCUGCUCAGUGUGAGAUUUAAAAGAGAGAUUCAACAAAUGAAAUACCAGAAUAUGUGAAAAGGUAGACAAACUCAGUCUGUGUGCUCUGAGAAGUGGAGAAUAAAGGCUGAUUUGAUGGCUUAGAUUUUGCAUUCAACCGUGUUUAAAACAUGUUUUUAACCAUUAAAGUGUUAAAAGACUAGUCUGGAGUAGAUGCAGAGCGGUGUAUUGCAGUAUCAUCAACGUAAAAAUGUAUGUUCUCAGCAUUUCAAUGAAUAUUACUGAUAUGAAUAAAAAGUAGUGGUCCAAGGACUGACCCCUGAGGCACUCCUUUGAUUUUUUUCAAGUGAGAUUGAAGUGUAGCCCACUGCCUGUACUCACACUCACUGUGCUCUUCCUACAGGUAGUCAACAGUUUACUGCACUCAUUUAUCGUUCAGCUCAAGCCUUAUCACCAAUGGUAUUUCAGUCAUUUUUUACAGCUGUGGCACUUAUUUCAGAGCUUUCAAAGGCUUAUUAUUUUGUGCAAUUAAUGGCUGAAUUUCAGUAUUAUUCAGAGUUAAUCACAUUUUCUAUUGCAUGUUUAAUAAUUUAGUUUGCAUUUGAAAACAGAUUUUAGUUCAUAGUAAUUGUGUGAAGUCAUUCUACUUUUGAGGGUUUUUAGGCUCUUAAUUUGAGAGGAUGGGACAGUGAAGAGAGCUGGAUAUACACAGAGCAAACACUUAGACCUCACAGCCAAGUUCGUAUUUGCAGUCUGCUGCCAUAUUGAAAGUUGAAGAGGUCUUUGCAUCAGAGUACUGUGUCCUGGACUGCUCUGUUUUCAAAGUAUAAUGCUAUAUGCGUGUUGGUUACUGGUGCUGAACUCUACAGGUGAAAAGUGACACUCUAGAUGUACCUUCAUCUUCAUAUUUCGAAGUGAUGAACUGAUUCAAUAAGUUUUACAAGGUGUGAUCUACAGCCUUGUUAUCCAGGUAAUUUGAAAAGUUGUUGCAUCUGGGAUAACUGAGAAACUUGUCAAAGGUCAAGUAGGGCUGGGCGAUAAAUUAUUGUUCACGAUAUAUCGUCAGAAAAAUCCUCCAUGAUAAAUAUUUGCCAUCUCAUGAUAAAUACGAUAAAUGCAAGUUUACGGCCUGAUGUUUACAAGUUGUGCUCUUUUGCAGUAGAGAGUAGGACAUGGUCCCCAGAGACACUCUAGUUUCUCUCCCUUUCUUAGUUGUCAUUUACAGACCUUUUCAUUCAGUGCCUCCUGCAGGACAGGAGCAUCAGUGUUGCAGCAGCUUGAUUAGCAGGGUUUUCUUUUCUCUGUUUUGGCAUUGUGCAUUAUAUUUGCCUAUUAUUUAUUUAAAGGUUGAGGCGUUUCUUUCAGAUUUUGCCUGUGGUUGUUGAUUUGCAGAGUGUUUCUGUCUUUGCUUUUGUUUUGAACUUUUGUAGAUUUCUGAAUUGGCUUUGUGAAGCAUUUCUCUUCUUAAAAAAUCAUGUGGGCCAAUAUGGAACCAAUAUAAGGACAUCUAGUAUUCAUGUGACAUCAUGAAGUGGUAUUAUACUGUAGCUGUGAAGAGAAUCUGACAAUGUACACAAUCCUAAUUGAAGCUUUUCUAUUUAAGAGCCUGCCUUAAGCACAUACCCAGUUGGACCCUAACUGAACAUGUUGAUUGGAGGAAGCAGUUACAAGGGUGAAAAUUUAUACCCACUUUAUUAGAGAGAAGCAUCUUCAAUCAGAGUCAUUGAUGAUAAAAAUAUCUUUGUUUGCAGCCUUGAAGGACAGCACAAACAAAAGAUGACAGAGAACGUGUGUGUGUGCGUGCGUGUGCAUGUGCAUACGUGCGUGUGAGGGCGGGAGUUUUGUCUUCUUUGUAUAACCCUGUCAGUCCCUUAGCUGGUGCAUCACACUCUUUAUAAAACACUGAUGUUUAGAUAAAGGCUCAGCCCUGAAGCUAGGCUAAUUUAAGCUCCAAACAACAGUCUUAUCUGAUGCUGAUUCUCUUCAGUUUGUGGGUAAACUGUGUGUGUGUGUGUGUGUGUGUGUGUGUGUGUGUGUGUGUGUGUGUGUGUGUGUGUGUGUGUCUGUGGUCUGCCGCUCGUGUCGGAUGUUUGUGGUGUUGUGUGUUGAGAUUCUUACCACCAACCCUCCUUCCUGCCACUCAGCUCUGUUCUCUGCAGAGCGAAACCAACUAAAAAUAACCAGAAGAGAUGAGCAAAAUCAACCUGUGGGGAGAGGGGGAAGACUGGUUUAUUUCAUCUGGGCUUUACCUGCUAAAACACACAAACAGGGGGAAAGAUUCUCCUCCAUUAAUAUGUAAAUGAUGCGUUUCAGUUCCUCCAGUUUUACUCAGAUUAUUGUAAUGAUUGGUUUUUACCCUCACUAUUCAGACAGAAAACAAAGCUGACUUGUUUUCUUCGCCCUUUAACUUACAAAUGAAUUCAAUCUUUACUCAUUUGAGAGAACUCUGCAGAAAAAAAAAGCUUUUUAAUAACUGUGAUGCCAGCUUUUGGAGUGCAGUUCAUAGUGCCUCAUAUAUCCCAUAAAGCUUUAGAAGACUAUGGUAGUGUUGGAAGCUGUGCUCUUUGUUUUGUUUUCUGUAUUAAAGGUUUGUUGAAGGAUGUUACACACAUUGAUCAGAACAUGUUCUGAACCCAUGUCUGUUUUUUUUUUUUUGUUUUUUUUUCUUCAACCAUGAGCGAACAAAGUCUCUACUACAGCAGGAUUAAAGCUCUCAGCAGUCAGAGUCUCAUUUCGGAUCAGUAUAAACAAAAGAGAAUCAAAUUCUGGUUUGUGGACUUCUGCAGGUGUAUUUUUGACCUGGUGCUGACAAAGAUCCAAACAUUACUGAAUGUUUCAUCUGUUUGUCCUCUUUUAAAGAGUAAGGGAUACAUCAUCCUCCUAACUGGUGUGCGAUGCAAUCAUUAUAUCCCUGGUGCCAAAUACCUUUGUUUUAAUUUAAGAAUAUUACAGCUGUUGAGAUUUCAUCUUUCACUCUGUCUUUCUUUGUUUUUUUUUUUGUUCUUCUGUCAAGCAGAUACUGUAUCAUGUUACAACACUACAUCUGGUAUUAUCUGUAGGACAAUCAAUUGUUGUAUGGUAUUGUGGGUUACCCUGAGAUUAUCAUGUAUUCUGCUGUUUACCAUCCUGUUGAUUUGCCUUUUUACAAAUAACUUCACUGGUUGAUAAAAAACGAUAACAGGCUUUGUUUUUUCUGAUCAUUUGGAUGAAAGAUAUUGAAAAACUACUUGGUAUAUUCUGGACUACACAUAAUGAAACACUAGAUUUCCCCCUGGCUUUCCUUGAGUGUGUCAUCUGUGGGUCGUAGUGACGUGCUGUGGUCGGGUGGCAUAGUGAAAUGACUGAUGUUGAAACAGAAAACACUUCACUCUUUCCUCUUUCUGGUAGUUACUUUAGAAUCACUGUUUCUCGGUAUGGCAAUCUACAGGGUGCAGUGACUCGGUUUUCCUCUCUCUAAUAAAGGUGAACGAUCAUAGACCCGUGCUGCUGUUCCUCCAUCACCUCUCAGAGAUUUGUCCAGCUGGUACAGAGAACAAUGCAGCUCAGAUCUGCCUCUGUUGUCAUCCCCAGUGUUGUGUUUUGUUCUACAAAUGGCUUCUUUCUUCCACACAGUGUGAGUCAUUCAGGACCUGCUGCUGCCUGGUGCUUUACACACUUAUCAAGAACAAAGCUUUAUUCUCAGACACUAAUGGAUGAAUUUAUAGUCACAAAAUUCACAUGUAUGUUGCUCAGACUGAAGGAGAAAAAGUUUUAGUCUCCUAAAUUUAUCUGGUAAAAUAGGAAGUUUGUUGUGGUUGAUAUUAACUAAUGCAGGCACACACAGUUUGAUAUCAUCUGCCAAUUCUCCAACCUUAAAACACAUCUUCUAUGCAAUAGUUAAAUUUUCUCUUUGGCCCAGGAAGGAAUUUUGUGCGUUACGACCUUUUUUUAUAGUCUUACAUAAAAGUGGACUUAACCAAAAUAACAUCACCUAUCGGUUUGAUCCAGUGAUUUCUAUUUUUCAUAAUUUGCAGUGUUGCCAUCGCCAUCUUGGUUUUUGGAAGCCAGAAGUGACCAUUUAUAGAGAUGAGGGCCAAACAAAUGCUAAGUUAUCAAGUCUACGCAGUCUCAUAUCAGGUUAAUCCAUUAGCUGGUUAAUUAACCUGUAAAUUGAACCUUAAUUAGUUUCUUUUCCGUGUCGCAGCAGACUAGAGUUGUCUAUUUACUGCACUACAGAAGCUCACUUAAAUUGUUAUUACCAUUGAAACAGAUCAGUUUUACGAAAAAGCAGCUUCCAGAUGACAUAGCAAGAGGAAGAAGCUUGUUUUGUUUUUACCAGGCUGUUAAUUUGUUCAUUUCUGCUGUUGGGUUGAACAUUUUAACAUGGGGAUCUAUGGGGACUGUCUUACUUUUGGAGGCAGCCUCUAGUGGGCACAAGAUGAACUGCAGUUUGGAGCAUUUCAUAGUGGGUGCAUUUUUAAGCUGUUGCUUGGUUAAUAUACGUUUAGACUUUGGAGGAGCUAGCCAUUCCACCUUAGCCGUAAGUAUGUGUAGCUGUGCUCACUGCUCUCGAUUUUGAGCUUAUAUUCAGUAAAACUAUGGACUCAAUCUUAUCAUCUAAAACCCAAACAGAAAGCAAAUAAUUAUAAUAAUACUAAUACAUACAACCUGAUUUGAAGCUUCAAAAAUGUAGAUGAAGCCACAGAGUGUAAACCCCAAAAAUGGUAGUCCCUCGUGUGUCCACUAGAGGCUGUCUCCAAAAGUGAGUCAACCACCAUAGGACCUAAUGUUAAAAUGUCUAACUUUACAGCAGGAUUACACAUGUUUACAGCCUGGUUCAAAAACAGUUCUGGUUUCUAUAUAAAUCUCCAUUCAAUGCAAACUCAAUUUUUUUAUUAAUGACAAUUUAAACAAGAUACAUUAAAGAUAUGUAUAAUCAAAGGUGUGGCUCUUUGCCUGUGUCUCUGAAAUGGUAAAAGGGAAAAAUGGUCGUCAUGACGUCUCUACCGAAACAAGUGGGUGACGUCAAAGGGAUUAUGUUCAUGUUUCAUAUGAGCAGGAAUAUAUUUUUGAAAAUAUCGGAUGAUAGCAGGUGUGUGUAUUAUCUCUCAGUGUGUCUCCCAAGUUCAAAAUAAGAGACAGAACACUGUGACCUCUUUUCUUAAUGGACAGCUGAUACAAGAAGUCAGGUGUGCAGAGACCUGACAGUUUCUGUUUUCUCCUCUGGUAGAAAAUCCUGUUCGGGAUGAGACGAUGACAAGCAGCAGAACACCAUGACUCAUAAAAACAGCGAGUGUUUGGCUCUUUAGCACUCUCUGUUCCUCUAAUGAGAGGAAAUGAGGAGAAAAUUCUGAGAACAAAAGCAGCAGCUGAAAACCUUCGCCGAUGACUCCUUUCCUCCAGUUUCUGACUGAUGACUUGAUGACGUUACCCGGCGAAGCUCAAUGGAGGAUAAAUUGUGCAAAACACUUGAGUGUUUGAAUGUUUUUGAGCUUCUAUUGACGAAUGAGUUUGACUGAUUCAUUCGUUUAUUCACUCAUUCAAUCAACCUGCGUGCUUGGAGGUAAUUCAUCAUCACCUCCCGUUGUGUUCAAAACUGUCAUCACUGUUUCAGGGCAGAUGUCUGUUGGCGUUAUGUAAUUCACUGAAGUUUUACCUGCAUCACCUCCAUUUGUUUUUGCAAAUCUCAGGGUCACUUUGGUUUUUCAGAGCCUUUUGGCAUCAUAAAGUAAAACUAACUCAAAGACGUCAAAACCACAGGACAAUGUGUGAGAUUGCAAAUUGAUAAAGCUGAUCUCCUGAGCAACAGCAUAAAAAAACGUAGGCAACUGGCCUAGUGGUCAAGGUGUGCCCCAUGAUACCCCUAAAGUAGAUGGCCUAGGUUUAGUUUCCUGCUGUUUCCUGCUCUUUACACUGUAAUGUCCACUCAAAUAAAAGCAAAGAAAAACCUAAAGCAAGUUUAAAAAGAGUUAUUAAAACAUAACAUAGAAGUUACAAAAAAAAAUGGAUAGAAAAUCACAGAAAUAUGUGAUGUCAAUGUCAAUGUCAGCUUUAUUUAUAUAGCACAUUUAAAAACAGCCAGUGGCCUACCAAAUUGCUUUACAGUAAAAAAUCCAGAGACAGUAAAAACAAUAAAUACAAUAUAAGCAUAAAACAUAUAAAAACAUAACACUUAAUGGGGCACUCACACCAAGCGCGAGUAAAAUCAUCCACUCGUUUAAUUCGUGCAAAUCUAGACGCGUGAAUGAUUAGUAUUUACUCGCUUCAGGUAAUCCCUGCCAAUUCAACCGGCAGGAUCAAGUGAUAGACAAAGGUUUUUUACAAUUUACCAAUUGCCUUCAGGUGAACUCCGUUUUAUUCCAGUUUCGGGAAUUGAAAUUAAAGGUAUCGUAUAAUUCAGGGCCCCCCCACACGAUCAGUUUGUCCUUCAUUUUAGAUACCAGUGAACAACUGUCUGUUUUCAUACGUCACCCAGCAACUUUUGUGCUAACUGGUUAUUGCGAUGGGAAUAUCCGCUCAAGUUGAGACAUUUUCAGCUCCCGCUCAAUCACGUCAUUCGCUCUGCACUGGGUAAUUUUAAAUGGCCUUAUGAUAACAAAGCUGGCUGGCUGUAUGUCUUUUUGAGGUUAACAAUCACUGUGACAAGGCCAAAGUAGCCGUAAUACAGAAUCACAAACACAUAAAAUGACACAAACAACCCUCAGAAAUAAAAAGACUGAAACCAUAACCAUCCAGAUAUAUUUGUCAGGGCAAAAGGUCAAAAGUGUUGGCUUAAUUCACUAAAUUGAAUGAUAGUAAUCAAAUUAGGAUCAGGAUCAAGUGACAGGAUUUGUAGUUACAGACAUGCCUUUCAUAAAAACACUGUGAAUACUUGGGUAAAUGUCAUCUUCCAACCUGUAUGUAUAAAAUGUUGCUUCCAUUGAUAGCCAAUCAGCUCUUAGGGAACUGAUGUUACAACUACACAAGGCUAGGAAGCUUUUAAUACACCCAGUCUUUAUCAGGGAGCUGGUAACACACACAGGGUUAUAGCCUUUAACUCAGAGAGCAGUUAAACACUCCUGUUGCUCUGAGGCCAUAUAUGACAUCCUCAUAAGAGAGCAGGACUCUCCUACAGGUGUUAAAAUAUCAACGCAGCAGUUAAUAUGUAAUAGAGGUCCUGCAGCUGGGUAGGUAGGGCAGUCUGGAGGGAAAGAGCCUUUAACGCCUUCAUAAUGAUGAAAAGUGCAGACUUUCAUACUCUACAGCCAGGUGUGACCUCUCGUUUUUAGAGAGGCCAGUUUGUAAAGUGGAGCCUGGAUUAUUAUAACCACCAUCUUUAUUGAUGAAGUACUUUAUGAACUCAUAUAUGUGUAUGAAUUUACAAGAAUAAAACAGAGUACAAUUAAAAUCAAUUGAACUUGUACCAACAUGGUCGGCAAAAUAACUUAAGUCAAUAACCUUAAGUGAAGUCUGGAGAGAAUUAAGAGUGGUCAGUAGGUUUGCUUACAUCAUUUCCCUGAGGCAGUUCUUCACAGAGCUUCUGGACCAGGCCUCCAUAAGCCUCCACCCGAGGAUCUCAGUGCAUACUGGCUCAUUUGUGAGUCAAGAGGUCAGAGAUGUAACAUAAAGAGGGCCAUGAGUUAGUCUUUAAGGUCAGCAUUGAGACUUUAAAAUCAUUGCAGAAACAUGAAAUUCAGGGAAGGAGGCUUAUGUGGUCAAUGUUUUUGGUUCUGAUAUAUCAUGAUAGGAUACAGGGUGAGGGCCUGUUACCUUAGACCAGUGGUUUUCAAGUCCAGUCCUCGAGGCCCACUGUCCUGCAUGUUUUGGAUGUUUCCCUGCUCCAACACACCUGAUUCAAAUAAUUAGCUCGUUAUUCAGCCAUUACAGAGCUUGAUAACGAGCUGAUCAUUUGAAUCAGGUGUGUUGGAGCAGGAAACCAUCCAAAACAUGCUCGAGGACUGGACUUGAGAACCACUGCCUUAGACUGUAUAUACUAUGGACAACUUGGUUCCGCCUUCCGCCAGUACAUGGAUUUGAAGCCGAGAAGCUCAUGGUAAUUCCGUGUUUUUUCUCCAUUUCCUGAAACCAACAUUGCGCAGUAGAGUUGUUCGCACUCCACCACUUGCACAGUAGCAUUGUUCGCAUUUGGUGGGAGAGUCGCCAAGAGUCGCUGUGAUGACGCUUGGCUCAAACAGUGAGCUACGCAAUCUUCAUUCGCCAACAGGCAAAAAUUAUAUUCUGUGUAAUAAAUUUCUACAGUUUGUCCACAGCCCCAUAAAGGUGGCUGGCAGAGGCAGGAUUUAUGAUCUAUACUGUAGCCCUUCACCAGAAGGUGCUGUACUCGGGGUGGUUUCACCCAGCAAGGAGGCAGACGGGGUCCAUUCUAUAUACAGUCUAUGCCUGUUACAUUAAAUCAACACUGGAGUGUAGUUCUUCGAUCUUUGCUGAUAUAAAAACUGGUUUCACUUAACGUAUUUUAGAGGAUAAUGUCAUGGUGUCAUGAUGUCAGUUUAAGUUUGAAAUCCUCUGUCAGCUGUCCAGAGUUUAGCAGCAGAUGUUGGCAGAUUGACCCUGUAAUGGUUACCUUGGUUACACCCUGAACUUAUUAUGUUCAUGCGUCUGCAUGAUCAAUGACUGCUGGGUCAUUGUGAGUUUAUGGUGACGCCAUCAUAACACAGGAGUAGAUGUGCUACCAUUACUCUUCUGUGCUCUGGCUGGCAUCAUCUACGCCUUAACUUUGCAGUGGAAAAAUGUCGCUAAGGGACGCUACUGCACUACUGCUUUAGUGAAAAACAGACAUUGUAAACUGUAGAGUCUUUGCUGGACCAACAUCUUAAAUUACUCUAAGCUUUACUGCAUUGUAAGGUUUUCAUUUCGCAGAUCCUGAUAUGAGGUUGAUGCGCUUUCCAGCCAGGUAGUCAUGGCGAUACAAUGCAUCCAAAAGGUGCUGCUGUGGGUAUCUUUGCUGAAAAAAAUCACUACCACCUUAUUGGUGUUAUUAAAUCAGUCAUUGCAUCUCUCUGGGAGUAAUUAACUUCAAUAGGUAUUUUCAACAAGCUGUUGACAUUUGAGACCCUGUUAGUCCCUCUAAUGCCUCACCUGGUGGAGUAUCGGUUGUGUUUAUGAUUAAACUACCAAGCAGGAGUGUGUGUAUCACUGAUGUAUUUAUGCGGGUGUGGGUGGGGUGGGUUGGGGGGGCUUUCAGCAGAGGUCUGGAUGGUGAUUCAGCCCGGCAUAAUCCCUGACGUGGCGCGCGGGGGUCUGACCGCCGCUGUAGAGCCAGGUGCUUCCCCCUUCAUGCUGGAAAGCUAACACCACCCUCACUCCCACUCUGAUGUCAUACCCAAACACAGUCAUUUCUUUCCAGGGAGCGUACUCAUGUGGAGCUGUGAAAUUUCAGCUGAAAAGCACCUUGUUAACCACAGUGUGCUGUUUGUUUUGACACCAGUGAGACACUUUAAAGUUUUCACUUUUAUACAAGUGGAGGAAAUGUAUCUGUGUAGAGAUGAAGCCUGACGCAGGGCAAAGUAGAGAAGAGAUUCUUUAAAUAGGCUUGAGUUAUGUUAAAGGAAGUAUAAUAAUAAACCCUUAGAGUAGGUAUGAUUAAUAUAAAGAGGUAAAUGUGGGGUUAUAAUGGUGGUAAAACAAACUAUUUUGGGUUGUAGUCUUUGGUUGUAGUGGACUCCACUGUAGCUAUUUUGAGUUAUGGCUUGAACAACAUUAGCUCAGUUAAAUAGUAAUUACAGUUAUUUUCAACUAGGGCCUCAUUUUCCAGCUUUUUUUCUUCAUACCAGUGGAAUUUGCCCAAAACCGAGUGAAAACCUCUCAGCGGGGCUCUGUAAGUCUUAAUCUGCAGCGAUCAGAAGGCUGGGUUAUGGUUCAAACCAAAGACUGAAGGAGGUGGUUCGUUUUAAAAGAAGGGCCAGUAGAGAGGUCUUUAAAAAUCUGCUUUUUCUCCAGUAGACAGCAGGGGGCAACAGCAGGGGGGGAGUGCUGAAAGAAGAGAUUUACUCUGAAAUUCAAACUCUUGUUUCCAGCCUUCUUUAUGGCAGCAUGGUGGUUCAUUAUGGUCCCAUUUAGAGCUCAGUUGGCUCUUACAGAUUGUCUUUUCAAUAGUGGGGAAAUUUACACCCCCCUCCCAUGAGUUUGAGUAGAACAGCACAUGUUCAGCUCUAGUACAGGGGCUGCAGACAGUGCUGUGAGGACUUUGAAACACGUUUGAGAGCGCCCUCUGCUGGAUCAACUACAAAAAAACAUGUAUUCGGCGAGAGAGUCACUGUGAUGACGCUCGGCUCAAACAGCAUAUCCCCUGGGUGAGCUACGCAAUCCCUGAACGCCCAUAGGCUGUAUCAAGUGUCAAUCAUAGAAAACAUGAACCCCCUAAUAACUUUUAAAAAUGGAGCUGCACAGAAAAAAGAGGACUUGAGCACAAACCAGUCUUACAGUAACUACAUGUCAACAUCGCAACCAGGGGGGAGGAAAAUUUAUAUUCUGUGUAAUUAAUUUCUGAAAUUUGUCCACAGCUCCAUAGGGAUUGCUGGAGGAGGCGGGGUUUAUGAGCUAUACUGCAGCCGUCACCAGAGGGUGCUGUUCUCACAGUGGCUUCACCCAGGGAGGUGGCAGAUGACGUCCAUUCUAUAUGCUGUCUAUGUAUCUGCCCGAUGACACUUAGAUGCAGCCCCUCACUUUGAACAAACGGAAAAACUGACCGUAGAAUGUAAACAUGCACACACUGCAAAUGAUCAAGGGGUAUUUUUAACAAGCAGCAGGACGAGCUGCAAUACACUGUGUUCGAAUCAGUCUCACUUAGAGGGAUAUUUCAGUAUCUUUUAAGUGAGGUUGUUUCCAUUUCUAGUAGACAGGGCUAACUCUGCCAGGCUAAUUUUGAGAGACUUUGACUCAAGCAGUCACGAAACCUAACCAGCAGAAAGCCCAAAUUUGUGGACGCAUCACAUGAACAUGUUCCUCAAUAUGCAGUACACUGAUCCUCUGUUUGGGUCUGCAGGCUUGAAAGAGACAGAAAUAAAAACAAAGUGAUUCUGGCAGCCCUGAUAUCAUGCUGAGGAAGAACGGGUGUUAACGCACUGAAGGAAGUAGCAGAGAGACCUCUGUGUGACCUGGAGAGCAGGAGAGAGCCCAAAUUACUUGAUGUUGCAGGUGUGUAAACUGCAAGCUAAUGCCCACGAACUGAAAAAAUUACUUCUGAAAAUUACAUGACUGAGAGUUGGUAACUGCAGCUUAAAGUGUCUGGAAAGUUCAUCCAGACAUAAAGAGUCCAGUGACGAUAAGAGCUCAGACAGGAUGGAGAUCAGUUUUCAGACUUGGCUUAAUAAAGGGGGAGUGUUCCUCGUUCUUAAAAGUCUGUUUCUCUGGCUUGAGAGUUUGAUUUAAAAAGGACAUUAUUGAGUAUAUUGCAUAUGUUUAGAUGUGAUUCAUUACCUACAGCAAGCAUUUGAAGGGGAAAAUCCAGAUCAUGUCCACCAGCCCCAGCAGUAUAUACACAGUGUAAACCACUGGCAUGUACACUCAGGCAUCAGGCUGCAUCUGUUUAAAGAGGGGGGCGUGAACUGACUGCAGGAAGCUCACGACCAGCUUGUCUGAAGCUGCAAACUUUCUGUAUGAGCCCAGUCUCAUACUGGCAGGGUUUGAGCGCAGGAUCAUUGAGUGGAUUUCUUUAGUUCACUGUUGAAAUCUCAGUUAUAUUGACUCAGUGCCUUAUCUUAUCUUGAAAACAUCAGCAGGCCUGUUCAGAUUAAAGUGCACACACACUCAUCUGCAGGAACACUAUGUGUCACACUGGUCCAGUCUCUCGCGUCAUGUCGUCCAGAGGAGGCUGCAGAAAUUCACAUAAACUGGACAAAACAAAACAGGCUCUGUUAGCUGAUCGCACAAACACACACUCAUGCACACACUGAGAAGACAAUAAUGACAGUUUGUGUGUGCAUGUUCAGUGUAUGUGCAUGCUUAAACAUGCUUGUGCAUCCCUUCUCUUCCUCCUCCUCCUCCUCUCUGAGUGUCUGAAGACUCCUCAUGUGGGAAUGUGGCUUCGCUUCAGGCUCCCACAUCUGCCCAAACCAAAACAAUGUCUCCCAAAUAAAGAUACGCUCCACAGCCCCCAUCGCUUUCCUUCCUCCUUCCUUUCCUUCCUCUUUCCCGCACUCCUCCUCCUCUUCCUCCUCCUCCUCCUCGGCUGUAUCUUGACACAUUCCUCUCUCUAGGUCUGGUAGUUAGCGGCCAGGCGGACGUGUGAGAAAUGUCUCCCUGUCUGUAUUUCUCACAUUCAGCCCAAGUGAUCUCAGAGGGCUGAGAACUCCGAGCUUCAGACCUCCAGGGAGAGAUGUUUAAACUUCACUCUGCUCUGUGGCCGGCUGAUGACAGCGGUGAUGAAAUGUUAAUAUGCUGCACUUUGGAGUUUGUAUGUAAGUUAGUGUCAUUGUUUAGUGUGGGUCACUAGAGGAAUUUUGGUCGCCAGCACUGAGACUUUUAUGGUGGCAAACAUAAGCAAUGGCCUGACAGAUUUUACUCCGAGGUAUGAGUGAGAAAAUCCAGAAAUAUGCAAAAAGCCACAAAUAAUUCAAACAUGGUUUAAUUGAAAAAGGAAACACACAUCCUGUUUUUGGAAGAAAAAUCAACGAUAGAUGCCACCGAACUGGCUUUUGUGCUCUGAUAUCAAUCCAGGUGGUCCCUCUUUACGUUAGAGUGGAGGAUUCAGGGUACAUGAUUUCCAAAAUGAAUGUCAAAUUUUGAUUGGCUCAUUUUUUACUUCACUUAAAGGGGUAUUCCGGCGUCAAUUUGAGUUAUGGUCAAACACACCAUGCCGACUCCUUGCCUCUCUAGUUAUACCAACUUUAGUAAAGACCGCACGAUAGUAAUACACAGUGGUCUACGUCUCCACGUGCAAACCUCAACCAAAAAGCCACUCUAUAGCCACCAAUAAUGCUCAGAACAGCACCUAACUUCAUCAACAGUACAUAUAGGGUCCCAGCCAUAGUACUACCCACCAAACAUCUUUUUUGCUUUGCCUGAUUUCUUUAGCAAAGAGACUAAACACAACUCACCAACUCUCCUUCAAAUGGAUCACUGAGUGCAGCGGAGUUUCGCAGCUCUAGGAAGAACAUUUAUGAUCAUUACUUCAUGGAAAUGCAAUCAGAGUUCUUGUGUAUCUUGUAUGUGCACUGUUUUUCUGCCAUAGGGUCUUGGUCUGAUUGCAUUUCCAGGAAGUAAUAAUCAUAAAUUUUCCGCUGCACUCGGUGAUCGACACGUCAGGGCUCCCCCCAGAAACAAGCGGCUGCUGGACGAGAGUGGGUGAAGCAAGCAGUCAGGAACAUUCAUCUCUCUAGGGGGUGUCUAACUCGGUGUUGAAGUGUGUUUGACCCUAACUUAAUUCUACACCACAAUAUCCCUCUAAAUCAGGGGUGGGCAAUCAUGUGCCAUGGAGGGCCGAGAGGCUGCAGGUUUUCUUUCCAACCCAAAACUCCACCAAGUGAUUUCACUGAUUAACUUACCUCCAAGCAGAGAGCAGGGACUAAUCAGUGAAAUCACCUGGUGGAGUUUUGGGUUGGAAAGAAAACCUGCAGCCUCUCAGCCCUCCAUGGCACAUGAUUGCUUACCCCGGUAUAUAUGUUUAUAUACGGUAACCUCUUUGCGUGGUACAUCAAACAUACAUUUGUGGGUGCAGCAACAAACUCUGUUUACACACACAGGGUUUUCAGAAGAGACUUCCACUAUGGAGAUAUGUCUGUUUUUAAUGCAGUUCUGCUUAAGGGCCCAAAGAUCAUGCCCAUCAAGUAUUGGUAGAUGUGGUCUCCUUUCCAUGAUAUCACCAAACGGUUUCUGAAGAUGAAGCCCAAAGAUGAAGGUUUGAAGGCUGUAGCAGCAACAAUGCACCCAUCAGUCAGUCAAAUUGGAUGCAUCCCCAGUUGCCCGAUUGCGCGCAAGUUUUAGCCUUGUUGUAGUCAAGAGGGAUGAGUUGUAAAGAAACUAAUCUGUGCAGUUGUCAAGACUUGAGAAAUGAGAUACAGAGACCAAAGGGGUUUCUUGUUCCAGGCUGUAAACAUGUUUAUUCUGCUGUAAAGCUGAGCAUGUCAAAUGGGGGUUAACUCACUCUUGGAACUGCAGUUUUUUGCACUUCGGUGUUGCAUGAAAUAUUUUUGGCAAGACAAAGCAGAGAGGGGGGUUGUCAGUACUUCUCCAGGGGGCUGACCAUCUUAUAUUUCUUCAAAAUCAAAUCACAGUUAAGAAACUCUUCUCAUCCCAGAGUGAUGCAGGAAUGUGGGGAGUCAUGCAGAUGCAGAUUCAAAGUGAAAGAAUUUCCUGAUAUCUGAUAUGACAGCAGAUAAAAACGAUGUAGAGCUCAGACAAACAAAGAUUGUCUUUCGCUUUAAAUCGUGCGUACAGUUUGCACCGAUGUGACUCCGCAAGAGUCCUCAGGAAGCUGCUCUCAUGAAAUUGAGGGUUGUGAAAGAACAUUUAACUUAACAGAUGAUUUGAACUUCCUAGUGACCUGUUAGGUAAAGUCUGCACACACGAGGAAAGAGAGAGAAGGUGGAGGUAUGUACGAGUGAAUAAUAGGAAACAGACAUUUCCCCUGUGUGUCUCACCUCUGAUCCUCUGACAUGAAGAGGGAGGAUAGACAACGAGAAGGGUUUGAAAACAUUACAGUUUACACUCACCAAACUGCAGCAGAUCCAAGAUCUCAGUCUGCAUCCCAUCAUGAGACACAGUUUGUGUUUGGUUUGUGUCUGUUUACAGCUCUGCCUCAGUAUGUAUACAGCUGUAGUUUGUUUGCUUUCAUACAUGUAUACACUACAAAAUGUCUUCAAAAUGGACAAGGUAGACAAGCAUACCUCACGCUGUUUAUUCAGAGAUUUAACGCAGACACGGUGUGUUUGUAGGCGGAACAUAUGCAGGUGUACCUCAGGUGUCUCAUCUGCACUGAAGCAGAAAAUGAUCAAACAGUGAGGCAGCUCAUACAGAGAGAAACCCUCAAAGAUUUUCCUCGAAGUUCAGGCGAGGAUGACUCUGUACUUUAAGUUUGUUCACCGUUGUCAGGCAGAUCAAAAUAUCAGCAGCAAAAACGUCUGUUAAGGGGGAUACGUAUUAGGAAAAUAACCAUGCUGGUCCGCAUAAAUGCCAUUUCUCCCCCCCUUGAAUCUAACAUAAUAAAAUCCCAUCUUGUUUAUCCUUAAACACACGUCUACCUGCAAGUGCAGCUAACAACUUCAGACCUGUCAUUUUUUAACCAUUAUAUGACCGUUAUUUGACCGUUUUUCAGCCGUUAUUUCACCGCUAUUUAACUGUUAGCACCCCAUUUGCAAAUUUGGCCCCUAGUACCUGUCUGAGUAACCACGGUUACUGCACUCUGGUAACCUCUGGACCAUUAAAGACAAUAAUUUCCUGCAUUCCUGCAUUAGAUGACAGCAGAUGAGUUUUAAGAUUAGCUGAAGUAUCAGAAUUACUUCCCAGCGUUCACCAUUUACAAGAUUUUGUAUUUUUUAUUUUACCAAGAAACCAAGUAUUUUCUCACCUUUAAGUAAUUUAAACAGAAAUGGUUUUCUACUACUUUGUCCUUGUACAGAAACUAACUCAGAUGGAGGAUCUGUUCUUCAUACAAUGAAGCCAAGAAAUCAAAUGAUUCAGCUGCUGCUAUUAUGCUGCUCUUUGACUUUUAUUAAGUCUUCUAUAAAUGAUAAAGUGACAUCUUUAUUUUCAUUCUGAGGUUUGAGGAAAUGGAUUUAUUCAAUGCGCCAUGUAGCUGAGGACCAUUCCCACGUCCUGAACAGCUCUGCUAUCAGAUCAUGUUCAUGUUCACGUUCAGGACCCUCUCUGACUCUGAAUCCUUCCAGCUGGAAACUGGACAGCUGUUCUGAAAGACCCUGACCCCGCAGACUCUGGUCCAUGUGUUUCCACAGGGGUCACCAGAGGUCAGCAAACACACAGGAACAAGACCCAGGGCUACACGGCUUAUAAACUAUUUCACACACUCAUGUAACUUUACACACACACAGUCACACUUUGUCUGUGAGUGUGUGAGUCAGGCCUGAUCCUCAGUCCAGUAAUCCGCUCUGUUGAAACUGGGAUUGUUGGUCCUCCUCCACACAAACAGAGUGUGUGUGUGAGUGUGUGUGGGUGAAUCCAUGUGAUCUCAGACUGCGACAGUUUCAGCUGAUGACUCACCUUCAGGACAGUCACAGUCUGUGUGAUAAUAACGCUGAUAACCUGCAGAAAAACUCAUGAAGAAUUCUAAUUCAGUUAUUGCUCAAUGUUGGCGUCUGUUCAGGAUCUUUACGGCUAAAAAUAAACGUUUCACUGACGUCAGCGGAGAAUGAACUUCUGUUCUUUGUGUUAUGGGAAGCUAAGGCUGGGAUUUGUGAGUUAUUUACAGGGAAUGAUUGAGUAGAAGGUGAUUUAAAUCUUUAGGAUCUGAUCACUCCUUUUUUACCUCCUGUGACUUUUACCUCCUUAAGACAGACCUUCAGUGAUGUUUUCUUGAUCAUAGUCAUUAUAACACAGUUUUCACUAAGAUUCAGAAAGCGCCCUGAGUUUGAACUCCAAUGGUUUUAGGGGAAACUGAGUGGAGUGUUUCCUGCUGCUGAGGUUGUUAAAAUCCAGGUGAGAAACUAAUGAUGAAGUUUACUGCUCUGUUUUUUUCAGGCUGACCUCAGAGUUACACUGACUGUUUAUUUAAAGACAUUUUCCACGAGAAUUGCACAAAUUAUUCUGAGUUUUCCAGGCAGGGAGCCAGAGUCACAGAAACACACAGACCAUGAGCUAUUCUGUUUUCCAUAAUAAGAAAUGCUGCUGUGUUUGGGUCAGAGCGUGUGUGUGUGAGAAAAUUCUUUAAUAUUUAAAAUAAAAUGCCGGAAUCUGUUUAUUAUACCAGGAGGACCACUUGGGGAUCUGGUUUCUUCUUUUUUAGCAUUUCUUCUUUUUUAACAUCAUAAAUAUUUGACAAAAAACAGUUUCUCUUCGGCAAUGUGAACUUUAACCUGAGAAAAGGUCAACACAUCUAAAAAAAACAUGUUUUUUUACGAGUGCACAAUUUGUAUUAAGUACCUUGAAUCAGGUUAGGAUACGUUAUUCCAAUGCUUUUAUCAUUAAACCUGCAACAAUGCAGCAACUAAGACUGCUGUUUUAUUACCCAAUUAAAUCCCACUGAGUCUCUCUAAUGCUUUAUCUAGCAAGACGUAGGUGGACUUCAGCACUAUCAGCUCAAAAUAAACUGAUUUGGCUGUGAUUUGAUAGGAAUAAAUAGGCUGAUAAGGUUCCUGAAAUAACUGCAUCAUGAUGCUAAGUAAAAAUAAAAAAAAAACAAAUCCAGGAUUUGUCAGGUCUGUCUGCAAGACAAGCAAUUAACUCUUAAAAUGCUCAUUUUUUUUAAUGGAGUUUGGUUUGACCAUCCUUGACCUUGCCUCAUGAGGAAUUCUUGGUGGUGAAAGUUUCUUUUGGGCACAAGAGCUGAAUAUAGUGGAGCAUUUGCUUUACAAAUGCAACAGACAUUUGAGCAGUUGAGUACAUCCACUGUGGUAUAACUGAUGAUAUUGUGGUCUAAUGUAAAAGCACGUCUGUUUCUCUCAUUUCACUGCAUUUGUUUGUGAAUCAGACCUACUUAGUAUUUUUAAUUUAACAUUUCUCUAGAGCCAUAGGUCUGUUUUUUUAUGAAAGAUGAUUAGAGCCACAAGAAGAGAAAAAAUUAAUUCCAGGAAGGAGAUUUUUGAAAUUUCCAUUUCAAGAUUAAAGAUGAAAUUUUGAAAUAAAAGUUGAAAUUUAAAAAAGUCAAAAUUUUGACUUAAUCUUGAAAUUUUGACUUUAUUCUUAGAAUUGUAAUUUUUUUGAUGUUGAAAUUUCAACAUUAUUCACAACAUUCUGACAGUUUGUAAACUUGAAAUUUCGACUUUGACAUAAUGUCGAUUUUUUUAAUCUCAAAAUGUUGACUUUAAUCUCGAAAUUUCAACUUAAAUCUCCUUCGUUUUUUUUUCUCUUCAUGUGCCCCUAAUCCUCUUUUGUAGUUUUUGUCUGGUGUAUCUUUAUCUUUAUCUUUAUAAACCAGUAAAAGUUUCGUUUCAGUACUACAAAGAGGUUCAAAACCAGACUGAAAACCAGACUCAAAACUAGACUUUCACAUCCGUCAUGAUUUACUAGAAAUGUUUGCAGCUUGAUUGAAAACCACUCUCACUAAAAUCGAAAAUACAAAAGGCAGCAUGUUUAAAGAAGGUUAGUAUCUAUUAAUGGAAGAUUACUUGGACUGACACCAUCUGAGGAGCAGUUUGUCGGCCACAGAAAGCAGAUGAAAUCAUUAAGCAAAUGGUCUGAUAUUUGUGAAGUGACAGUUUGACCGCUUUAGCUGAAAAGUACAAUCGUUUCCUCAGUCUCAUGUGGGUCAUUCCUUCUUCCUGGACACUUACUGCUAUGAUGAUGAGUUCACGUCUUUAAACAAGUAUCAUGUUGUGAGCAUGUGCAGAUCUCAGAUAGCAGCAGUGAUUGUUGUGGUCGCUCUCUAUCCGUCACGAUGAUCCUCUGUUUCCUGCCAGCGGCUCUUCUGCAGGCGGAGGAUGAGGAGCCAAAGGCAGCGUGGAGUUUACGGGGUUAACCAUCUGGAUCGCUGCAUUAUUUAACGCUGCAUAUGUCGAGACAGGCCGGCUCUGAGAUCCAUCACACUUGAAACCACCAAGGUGCUCCCAUUCUCUCACUCAGGUCUGUUUGUUUUCAUGUGGGUGACAGGGGAGGCAGAGCGUCACUGAGCUCUGACAGGAGGAGAUCUUACUGAAAGCCUGAUGCUCAGUCUGAAGCAGUGGAUGCAAAUGUGAGUUUCAUAAGAGACACAAGCUAAGGGGAGAGAGUCCGUAUUUAUAUUUUAAUUGAACUCUUUGCUGUUUUCAUGUCCAGGAUUUUUGCACAUGCUUGGUGGCCUUCUGACUGCGAGCUGCCCACUCCCAUCUGUCUCUGCUGCUUCAUGGAGACAUUUAAAGCUCAGCUUAGAGAGAAACAGUACUGUGUUAUCAUUUCACUGAUCAUAAACAUGUGACCAAACAAGAGCAGCUCCCAAAGAAAUGGUUGCAUGGUAUAAUCGUUUUUGGCUCAGAUUGAAUGUGGCCUAACAAAGUUUGUGAGCAUGAGGAAGUCUACGCUGGUAACGUCAGCGCAGACUGCUGUUUCCUCAGUGCAGACUAUCAUGCAGCCACAGGUGAAGAGAGGAGUUCAGGGGGAGGAGAUGGUGAAAGUGAGUGUGUGACUGAAAAACCAUGGAACAGAGUAAAAUGUGAUGAGAAAGAGGAUUUGGCUAAAAUGAGUGUGCACACAGUCUAAGCAGCCAACUAUUGCCUAGCAAAAUUAUACAACACAAAACAAGAACUUUAUUUCUCCUCAUAGGGAAAUUCAAUUCAAUUUUAUGGCAUCUGCAUCUAAUUCUUCAUGUUCCCACAGCAACACCUCAAAUUUUAGGUCCUCGAGGGUUCAAAAUGAUAUUAUUUUGUGUGCACACUGCACAUACACGUUAUCCCAUGCCUGCAUUAAUCAGUUCCCCUAUCCAAGUCCCCACAUAUAAUAGAGACUGGACAAAUCUUUGGCGUUGUGGGUGCAACACUUUUGGAAGUGUGGCAGGAGUAAACUUUUCACUCAACAGAUCAAUCCUCUCCUGUUUUCAUUUUGUUUGACACCAUCACAGUGAAAUUCAAUGCAGAAUAAUGGCAUUGGUUAAACUCAGAGCAACAUGUGAGAACGACUGAAGAAAGCCUCACACACACACACACACUCAGGUACUUUAGCACUCAGCUCUGUAACUCAAUCUGCAGUAUCGACGUUUUCUCCUACAGUUCUUUUUUUUUAGCAAACAAACGGGCGAUCAUGUGACUCUGACAGGACUGAAAAUAACUCAGACAUGAAAUCAGAUCAUAGAAAGGAGAUUCAUGUUUGCAUAAUCCGCUUUAAAUCGACCGACCAGUUAUAUAAAAACUAUAACAGCCGGAGCAUCUUUGUUUUUUGUAGAAGAGAAUGAUGAUGUGCAUUCAGUUAUAACCUCUUAAUGUAGCAUUACAUGAUGAGUAAAACAAAAAGAACAUGCAGACUGAAGCUGCAGGACAUUAUUCUUCCUGAAUAGAUCGAUCUACACGUGUUACAGAAUUAAGGGUUAUGCUGUGAUUUACACUACAGAGUUGUUAUUUUCAAAUUUGUAGAGGUAUGAAAUGAUUUGAAAACCAUCAUACUUGUACAUACUAGUGCUCUAUCUCUUCAGGGGUUGGGGUUGUAUGUGAAAUCUGUAAUAGAUAUACUGUAAGUGAAGGAUCUGUUAUUGGCAGGAAUUCUGCGGCCCAUGAGCUGCCAAGAGGUUAUUAUUUGUGGCUCUCUUGCCGCUAAAGCUGAACAGCGCCGCUUUACAUGAUGGUUUCUCCUGCCGAGUUGAAAGAGUUCAUCCAUGUUAGAGAUGUUUCAUUGUGCUUUUGCAACUUCUUUUCAUUUCUGUGGGAAAUUUCUGGAUCAUUGAAGCCGACGUGUUUCUCAAAGGAAGUUGCACGAAGGACAAAUAUAACAGUUGACCACCGAGACCAUCAAAGAGGAAACAUGGCCGCCGCGCUGUCAGAGACGCUGUAAUUACACGCAGUCGUAACUCAGCCUGCAGUCCAGUGAGAGAGGAGACUUUUCUUCAUCUCCCCUCCUCAUCCUCAGGUCACAAUGACUUCACUGUCUGAGCUAAUGCUGCUCCCACCUCUGGAGACACUUCUGCUUAAAUCAAUACUAACUGCUGCAUGAUUACACAUAAAAACAGCUGAUUAGACAGUAAAUAUCCAUGAAGAAAUGUUUGCUCAGAGCUCAUACUCCCAUCCUCCCUCUGCUGUGUGUCUUAUGCUCACCAAAAGCAUGACUGUUUCCACAAACCCCCAUCCAAAUACAACUCCUUUAGCCCCUCGUGUGAUUUUUUUACAGUCAGAAAAGAUGGAUAGAGGCCAUCAGAGUCAGUUUCCUCAAUUUGAUCUACAACUUGAUGGGUGAUUUGAAGAUCUGUUUGACUAAAAACUUAACAUUUUUGGUUUUUAGCUGUGUCAUUGUUACAACAGCAACGGCACCUCUUAUUAGAUUUUAGAGAAGUUUGAAUAUUUAUUGAUUUUUCCUUUUCUCAGUUCUAAAAAGAACACGUAAGAAGGUCGUAUUAAAUCAGAGUCUUUUGUUUGAACUCCACUGUAAGGCACAUGAUAUUAGGGGGGCUGUGAGCUGAGCUGCUGCAAUUGCUCAGCCUGUUUUUAUAGUAAGAAUAAAAAUAAGAAGGACUUUAUUGAUCACCGAAGGGAAAUUCAAUUGUCUGUCAUCUCAUUUGUCAUGUCUAUAAAAGUCAUCUACUAUUUACAGAAGAGUUGUACAGUCUGAUGACUGUUGGUACAAAAGAUCCUCUGAAUCUUUCUGUCCUGCAGCGUAGAGAGAGGAGCUGUCCACCACCAUUGGCCCUUUGGUCCAUUAAGGUGUUGUGAUGGACCAAAGGGCCAAUGGUGGUGGACGUGAUGGUGGUGACGGAAUGGUCACCAAUGGUCGGUCACCAAUGGUAGGUGACUGCAAUGAUCAUCCUCAGUUGACGUCAAGAACCCACCUUGAUACCAAAGGCAAAAUGCACCACAAGCUACACUGCAGUUUAUAUAACAUCAAAGCAUUUGUGCAUAUUGACAGAGCAGUGAUGCAUUAAUCUGGGGAAAACUGUCCCUUUCUGUGCAAAUAAGCCUUAUUAUAAUCAAAGUUCCCACACACUGGCACUAAUUACAUAAAGUUAUAGUGACAUUUUAACCAUCUAAUGAGUGUUGGUAAAAACUUUGCAACCACAUUUAUAAUUCACACUUCAACUUUACACUGAUCAUGACAGCAAAGCCACCUCCAGGGGACUCAGAAAUGACAAGCAGUAUCUAUACAAGAUGCUUCUCCUCCACUUCUAGUUCAUUGUGUUUGUUUCAAUUAUCGCGGAACAAGUGUGUGCAGUAGCGGGUUUCAAUGCUUGUAAGAAAGCCAGUUAUGAUACUAAAUUUCAUCAUGUCCUCAAAGACAUUAAUGUUCGAGAGCUGAAUAGCUCCUACAUUACCUGCCACUUCUGCUGAACAGGCAGUGUUAGGCUACAAGGUAGCAUAAAUUGGAGCGUGUAGAGCAGCGCUGUCUCCUCCAGCGACUCAGAGGCAAAGUGCUAAUUAGCAACUUGAGCUCUGCUGAAGAAAAGCCCCACUCAUCAUUCAUUUUUUCCACUCCGCAAAACCAAAAUUGUGCUUACUCCUCCUUCUAUCGUGGUGACGCAAGCGUGUUUUCACCUCGAAAAUAAUUUGUGCGAAACAGCGAUGAUUUGAGCGAUACUUGAGGCAUCAAUCAUUUUUUUGUAAUCGAGGUACUCAAGGAAUCGUUUCAGCCCUGUAUAAUAUUAUAAAUCAGAGCUUGCCUUGUCUUUUCUUUCAGACGUUUUCAAGUAGGGUUUGGGGGGCUGCGAGCUGAGCUGCUACUCACUUAAGUUCAGCCAGUUUCUCAGAUGAACGCAGGUGCAGACAUCUGGUUUAAAGAUAACAGUUUGGGUGAUGAUGAUGUGACUUGAAAACUUAAGAAAGUUGUUGUGGUGGAAAGGCUGUCCAACAGGGGGGCUGUUAGCUGAGCUGCUACUAUACACAGUAACAGUAGUUACCCCGUCAAAUCUGGGUGAAGGCGUCUGGUUCUAAGAUACACUUUGAUAUGAUGGUGAUGUGACUUAAAAACUGGAAAAAAUUGGUGUGAACUGACAGCUGGUGUAUUUAAAGUUUGGUGAACAGCACCUGCCUUGUACCUAAUCAGUAACAUCCUGUGAUGGAGAAAACACUCUUGACAUCUAAUGGAAAAGCCUUUGACUUCGAUUUACCGCCAAUUUUUAAAUGUUAUGAUGAAGCAUGUGCCACUAUGCAUCCAAAAGCAUGUGGGUUAGGUUAAUGUGUGGGCAAAAUUGAAUACAAUGACUUUUUUUUCCAAGUUAAAACUAUUAAGGUGAAAACUUUUUUCUGUCUUUUGCCUCCACACAAACUUGGAAAAAAGUGUAGACAUCCAUAUCUCUGCAGGUAUGGUUAUUUGUGUUCCUUGGACAAUAUGUUUUCCUGUCACUCCGCCUCCUUUUGCUGUAUUCUGUUAAAUUCCUCUGGAAUCUACGGGGACCGGAUUGAGUUUCUUUGCAGUUACUAAAACUAACUCCUUCUCCUGGAUGUGUUUGAAUGAACCCAACUGUGGCUGACAUGGAAUCCAGUCUGUCUCUGCAGAGUCUCAGGCAUCGUCUCCUCCAUGUGUUAAACAGCCUCGGCUUGUUGUUUUGCUGAUAAUCAGCUGCAGAUGUGUUCAGCGUUCGCUCUGUUCCUCAGCUGUAUGAUGUGAGCUCACACGCUCGGUCUGACUGCACAGACGCUCUGUUGCUCCUCGUGUGGCAGCGCUGCAGCCCGGCCUGUAAUGAUGAUGUCAUUGGUUGCUGGUUGUGAAAUUUUUGAGGAAAUGAGAACCCCGUUGAACCCGGGGAGAGCGAAGCGUGUCUCUGCUGCAUCUGUGGUGCAGCCUGAUCCUCAGUGGUCCCGUUUUAUCUGCUUUUAUCUGUAGAAAUCAUUAGAAUGUUCACAGACUCUGAGGGAUGAAUCUUUGUGUUGGAGCUGACAUGGAUUUUAAAAUUCAAAUGUGUGGUUUUUGUCACUCACUGAUGUUGGCAUCUCUUUCUCUGUUUCCACAGAGGACAGCAUCCCUAAGCCAGCUCCCUGCGGAGGACCUCAGAGAUCCACUCCCUCCACAGUGGAAAUCCUACAUGUCUCCACAAGGGCGGCGAUACUACGUCAACACAGUCAACAACGGUAAGAGACAAAGAAAUGUCACAGUUCAGUUAGGGCUGCAAGAUUUUGGCCAAAAAUACAAUCACGAUUUUUUUCUCUAAAAUCUUGAUUUUUGAUUGCGUUUUUUUCAGUCAGUGACAAUUUCACCAAAAUUCACUUUAAUAAGUUUUUCUAUCAUCUCUCAGAACGAAACCACUGAAAAUGAUGUAGUGCAUACGCCAAGCCAGUAAUUGGUUGAUGAGGAAACACACAAAAGACAGAAGAAGAGUAUGGAGUAGAUUGUUUUGGCAGGACACACACUGGCACCAUAAAAAGAGUUAUGCUGUGUAUCACAUAAUUGUUACGAGAGAUGCAGAUAGGCAUCCACACGGAGAUGAAAUCAUAGUCAUUUACGGAUUAAUGCACUCUAUGAUCCAUUUUCAAAAAGUACCAUCUACAGUCACCUGAAAUGCGGUUUCCAUGUGGCUGAAACACCGAUAUCACAAAAAACUUUUGCAUUUACUCCUGGAUCAUUUCCAUGAAGUAAUAAUCAUCAUAUUUAUCAUUUUGCACUGCAGAUGCGGUAGUUCUUCUGCCUUAGCGUCUCGGUCUGAUUUCAUUUCCAUUAAGUAAUCAUCAUAAAUGUUCUUCCUUGAGCUGCGAAACUCCACUGCACUCGGUGAUUGACUCGUCAGGGCUCCUCCACAAACAAGCUGCUGCUAGAGGAGGGUGGGUGAGUUGUGUUUAGUCUUUUUGCAAAAGAAAUCAGGCAAAGUUAAAAAGAUGUUUGAUGGCUAGUACUAUGGCUGGGACCCUAUAUGUACUGUUGAUGAAGUUAGGUGCUGUUCCGAACAUUAUUUGUGGCUAUAGAGCGGCGUUUUGGUUGGGGUUUGCACGUGGAGACGUAGACUGCUGUGUAUUGCUAUCAUGCGGUCAUUACUAAAGUUGGUAUAACUAGAGAAUCAAGCAGUCGGCAACAGUCAUCUCUCGAGGGGUUGUCUAACUCAGUGUGUUUGACCUCAACUUAUAUUUACGCCAGAAUAUCCCUUUAAGGCAUGCACUCCAUAUAUAGAGGCUAUAGUCCUUGAUGCAGCAGUUACAGGUUACCCAGACCAUUUGCUGUGUAUCACCCUCCAAUAAAACCAGCAUUUUAAAAGCUAUUGGUUUACUCCUGAAUCAUUUCCAUGAAGUAAUAAUCAUUUUGGACUGUAGACGCGGUAGUUCUUCUGCCUUAGUGUCUAGGUCUGAUUGCUUUCCACGAAGUAAAAAUCACUUUUGGCUUCACAACACAUUUAAAAGACAGAUCUCAGUUGACAGGUGACAUGUUGAAUGCCGCAGGACUGCCACUGGUAGUCAGCGUUCACCAAAGAAUCCUGAAAAGAAUAGGAGCAAGCAGAUCAGAUGAAAGUGAUCACUGUGAGUCUGUGGUUUACGUUACUUCCCCAAAGUGUUCCUGGAAAAAAAGUAAUUACAAUAUCCUGUGUGCUGAGUUUCUUGUGGUUAUGUGGGGUAUUUCCUCAAAAUUUUGUGGCAUAACUGCUAAGAAAUCAGAUGAAUGAAGAGAACUCUGCCGUUUGAAGGGAUGCUCUGUGCAAAAUUUUUAUUUAAGUCAGGGAAAGAUUAUUCCAAUUUUCCAGUUUGAAUCUGUCACUUUGUAUGAAAAGAUUUCCUUUCCUGGGUCCACAUGCAUCUCAGAUUGAAAAUAAAGUUGUUUUUAUUCCGAAUAUCCCGUAGAGGAGCUUGUAUUCAUCUCAAAAAGUAAUUUCUGCUCGGUAAUGGAGUCAAACUGUCCCUCAGCAGCAGUGUUGAUGGUACCAGAGAGAGACAGAGGGCGACCAAGAACUGAUGCUGUUGAUAGAAACAUGUUUCUCUCAACACAAUCACUGCUCAGUGUCACACAAACACACACACAAACACACAGUGCCAUGGAGACAACUUAAUACGUCCUCUGUUCUGCAGCCUGUUUACUGUCCCUGUGUGACCUCAGUGUAAAACCUGACUGAUGGUUCUAAUAUCAGGUCCUGACUGCGCUCAUGUUCCUCCAUCUACCAGAUUUAAUAAAGUCAGACAAUGCAGGUUCCUCCACCCUCUCCAGGUUUCUUUCAUUUCUUCUUCAAACAUGAAACACCGGCAUUCAUCUCUGAGCUUUAAAACAUAUUCACCAUAAAACCUGUUUCUGAGCACGAAGAUGGCGCAAUACGAACUCUGAGCCUGACAACAUGAAAAUACAACAAAAACUUCUAAACUUUACAGGCUUUACAUCAUAAUGAUGGACAGUCAGUUUGAGGAGUGCUGAUCCUUUCUGAGUUUACUUUGAGUGAGCGUUUGUGUUGUCCGUCUGUUUAGUAGUGUAUGUACUGUAUACUUCACCACUUUGCUCAGGUUCAACUCAAGGAGCAAAGAAUGGAUUAGCACAACAAAUUAACACAGGUUUUUUUUCAAGAUGAACAGAAACAGAAUCACAGUUCAGAUCCAAUUCUCCAAUUUUUUUUUCAUGCUCUUAAUUUGAAAUUUUUAAGAUUUUGCGCUUAGGUCACUAUAUUUCCUACCUUGUGAGUCUAUGUUUUUUUUUUUUUCGAAGUACUUCUGGUCAAUUCUAACGCUGCGUUCCAGUUGUACUCGGAAGUGGGGAUAUCCGAGCUCCGAGUCUGAAAUUCACCCCUGACGUCGGAUUUCCGACUCGGAUAGUCGGACGAUCCUUGCCAACAGUGACUUGACGACAACGUCAUAACUCAAGAUGGCAGCACAGUGCAUCAACAGUAAAGAGUAACAGUAAAAGCUCUUGUAAUGUAUUAUUUAUUAGCACUUGUGUUUCGUUUAGGUGAAAUUAAAUAAGUGGUAUGUUGUGCUGCCCAACGUCUAACUGUAAACACGGUGCUAUGGUGUUUGUAGAGUAAAAUACUGUGUUGUUCGUGUUUACAACUGGUAUAGCUAACAACAGCUGACAAUGGCGAACAGCAGCUAACAACUGCCAACAACUGACAACGGGGAACGACAGCUGACAAUUGUAAACAACAUGUAACAACGGGUAACUGUAGGCGUCCAUCUUGGUUUUCCAACGUGUUAACUGGAACGCCGUUAACUUGGGUGUAGCGUCAUUCCCAGCUCCGACAUCCAACUUCCGAGGUUAUUGGAACGCAGCAUACACCCUAACGUCAGUUUUUGAUUUGCUAGCUAGCGCAGCGGCUGUCUGUCACUUCUUCUUUGUCUCUCUGAUGUGUGGAAACUAGCAUGAGAGACCACUCGUAUGAACUCGCAGUAUUGCUUAAUUUGCUAUGUUAAAUUUUUUUUCACAAUAUAUAUAUGCAUAUAUAUAUAUAUAUUUAAAUAAUCAGUUAUCCUCAAUAUUGGUAUCUUGCAACAGCUGUAGCAGGGAUCCCUUGUCUAAGUCCCCUCAUGCUCUUUGCUCUCCUUGACACCAAAUGAGACAUUAUUUUAUUUACAAUUACAUCACAAUUAUUUACAAUAACAUCACAAUUACAAUUUUUAUUUACAAUUUGAUGAAAUACGCUGUAAGCCAUUGCCUUUUAUAAUCUCAGUAAGCAAACCAAAAAUGUGUAUAAUGUACUUUUUAAUGUCUAAAACUGGUGCGAGGGGUCAUACAGUGUUUGCAGGGGCCAGUUGAGCAGCUGGAGAAGAGGACCAGCCUGUGUCCACAAUUGUUGUUUAAAAUCUUCCCAUCAAACGAUACAUCUGACUGUCAAAAGUCAGCGAAAAGAGGUUUUUUCCCUAAAGAUGCAGCAAGUAUAGCAAUUAUUAAAUAAUAAAUAAUUACCAUUGUAGAGUUAUUCCAACCAAUCAGAAUCAAGUUUAGCCUGAAUAGUAAAAGUCAACCACCCCCCACCCCCGCUGAUUCACAGUCACAGGGUUUUAGAGCUGUUUCAUCGAAACUGGACUGGCUCUUUACUGACCCGUGUCCGUCCUCUAACCAGAGUUAUGGUUGGCAGUUUCUUCAGGGUUUUUGUCGUUUUUCAUCUGAAAUGUUCACCUCAGGCUUUUCUCUGAUCAUGGUCUCAGCAGUCAGUUUGUGGGCAUGACAGGAUCUAAAAUUAGAGGACUCCACCCAGCCACAAGACCAGGGGAUCCGCUCCACCUUUUUCUCCUCCAUUCUUUCUCUAUUAGGAUAAAAUUAGAUGCUGAAUGUGCUGGAGUCAGGAAGGUGAAAUAACAACCUCCGUUAGUGUUUCUAACCCUCUUUAGUAUGUUAUUUUUAGACAUUUCAACUUUUUCACGAUUUCUUCUUACAACUCUUUUAUUUAAAAACUGCAGGUUUUCUUCUAAAAAGAGGGAAAAGACUUUUCAUAUUUUUUAUAUAAGAGACAAAAAAACAGAAUAUUUGCUGUAGUGUUGUGAAAGUAAGCGCUAACCCCCUCCAGCAUGUUAUUUAAGAUGUUGCUGUAACACACACUCUCUCUGCUUCAUUUUAAAUUCAUCCUGAAGUGAUUGUUUCCAAACAUCUGAUAACAUUUUUCUGUAUAUUCAGCGUCUCUGUUGUUUUUUCAGGCCCUUUUGUUUGGCUAAAGUUCAGUUAGAUGAGAUACCGUCCUAUGUGUGUGUGUGUUUUUGUGAGUGCAUUUGUGUUUGAGCAUCGUCAUAGUAACAGAGCACUGCGUAUGUGUGUGUGUGAGUGGGCGGGGGCGGUGCGUCCUUGUGUUUUCCUUCCUGUGUUUCUGGGUGCAGCCGUGCAGGGUGCUGUGGUUUAAACCAAACCCUCCGACCCUCCCAGUCUGACCAGUAGGAUGAUUUAUAAACACGUCAAACCAGAAACACUCAACCGUCCCAGGGCUGCAGCUGCAGAUUCACUGAACACACGCUCUCAGUUCAAACUGAGUGAAGUUUCAUAACUGAUAAAAUGAUUACAUAAGUAAUGAGAUCCUUGAGGAAUAGUCUAUGAAUAGGGAUGCUAAAAAUAUAUUAAAAUUAGGAACAUGUGGAUAAAUAGACAUGUUUAAUUGAUAUUUGAUCAUCUUCAUUUAGUUCAUCAAUGUGUAAAUGCUUUGGUGACACCGACGCCAAGAGACAUAGCAGACAACCAUACGACUAUAUGAGAGUGUGGCUCCUUUGAAAAAGUCACAAAAGUUACUGUGAAGGUCCUCUCCUAUCCUCUUUUUCCUAAAUCUGCAAAUGUCUCAGGCUCAUGUGAAGGUCGAUGUAAGGAGUUAUGAAAUGACAAUUAAAAACUCAGGGAGAGGUGUGACACCACUCAGGUAAAGAGGCGGAACAAGACGGCCUCCAGCCUCUCUGACUAGAGGUCUGAUAAAACCUCGUGUAACUCUGUAAAUGAUUUCUAAAGCUUUGAAUAGAGUUGUUACAGAGAAUUAUGGGUCAUCUUCCUUUUUCUCCUAUCAUUAAGGAGUGUCUUUAACUGAAGGAGUUAAAGACCCAAUCCAAUGAAAAUUGUGUUUUUCUUGGUGUCUACAUGUACAUAUGGCAUUUUUGUGAUGCUACAGGACAUAUGAGAAAACUAAGUGAAAAAUUGCAUUUCUGAGUAUUUCUGCAUUCAAAUCACUGUAAACUUCUCACAAACCAAAACGGCAGGUUCAGACACAGUGACACAAUCAGACCAAUAACAGUGCGUUUGUUUGUUUUCAUUUUCUAACUUAACUUUGACAUUUAGAGGAAGUAAAAAUUAUGUUAUCUUAAAGUAAAAGUGUGUAUUUUUAAUACUAAAACAGGAAAUAAGGUAACUGAUAAGGUUACCCAGAAUUGUUCUGGAAAUUAUUUUACAGUUGACCAAAAUUUUACAGUUGAUGUUUAAAGACAUACACAUAAUCUCCAAUAAUAUAUGCAUACACUGGAAUGUGUAUAUUAGUCUUGACAGAUCACAGUUUAUACGUGUUUAUACAUUUAUACAAGCAAACCCACACACGCUAUUUUAUGUCAUAAUGACAAUGUUGGCUCAGCUGUCAGUCAAAUCCCCGCCCGCCCACUCAUACUUUCUGCUUCGUCCUUUUUCCUAAAUAUCCUCUGUUUCUGUUUUUCCUCUCUGUGUUUGAGAGAGAAGAUCCCUGAAGCCUUCUCUGACACAGAGUUUCCUUUGUGCGACUGUGAACAGGCUGUAAUCAGUGUUAAAAAAAAAAAAAAAAAACAGACAGGAGGCAGUGAACGCAUCAUGAGCCAGUGUCAUAUGGCUAUGAAUAAAAUAUGUGAAUGUCAGAGAUAAGUAGGCCGAACCUCCUCUUCUCUGUUCACAAUCAGGGUUCAUUCAUUCACUUCUAUCAGUGUGAAACAGGCACGUGUACAAAAUAAAAGGCAGGUUUUCAACUUUAAAGGUUGGUGAAUCAGACAGGCUUCAAAUUAUAGUUUAUGCUGCACAUAAAACCAAAUCCAUGUGAAAAUUGAAAUGAUGAAUUUACAUCAUUCAGAUCCAUAAAGGGCCAGAUGAAACGCUCCAGAGACGGUAGAGAGGAUAAACUGAGCCAACUUCCUCUCUUAGGUAGUUCAAAAUGACUGACAACCUUUUAGACUUCAACUGGUCUGUAAAAUGAUGUCUGAUGAGAGUGAUUUUACCUGCAGGUUUGAAUCUGACAGGUGUCUGAUCUGAUCUUUCACCUGUAUGUAAACCUGUUUGACAGGGGUGAUCAGAAAUCUGCAUUUCAGAGCCAGUUGCCUGGAGACCAAAGUUAGAGGGGCUACACUGUAAAGACAGAAUGAGAGGGUAAACCGGGUCUGAGGUAUCAGUAUGAUGGAGCUGGUUCUGAAAUGCAGAUUUAGAUCAGUUAACACAAUGUUGUUGCACUCCCAUUGAUAUCAUAACAAAACUUGUAUACAUCCCACCCAAGGCAACGGCUGAAGUUCCAUGUGAUGUUCUCCAUGAUGCUGUUGCAGACUCAACAUCCUAAGGCACUAGUAAUAUCAGGAGACUCCAACUCUGCCCUGACUCAUUUUACCCAGUUUGUUGACUGUCUACCAGAGAAACUAAAACCCUGGAUACAUGCCAACAUCAAAGAAGCUUUCAGACCACCACUGGGCAGGGCAGAGAGAUUCAGAAGAUCCUUUGUACCAAGAGCCAUCAGCCUUUUUAAUUCUUCUAUUAAUAGCAGAUAAAUGAAGUCCCCUUUGGGAAUAAAUAAAGUUCUUGUAUCUGCAUUAUUGUCCUCCCAUACUGGAGGCAGCUAUGUUGCCUUUUAGUCUGAUUAAGAGUGCAUAUUUUUGGGGAAAUUACGUCAAUGGGAAGUCCCAACUGAAAAGACUUUAGAAGUUUUUCCAGUUUCUUUGAAAGCUGCUAUUAUUUGAUCAAAUACACCAUUAACUUUUGUGUGUGUGUGCGUGUGUGUCCUGUAUUACAUGUCCUCUAUAAAACCACUCUGAUUGAUUGAUUGAUUGAUUGAUUGAUUGAUUGAUCGGUGUAUAAACACAUGUAUUUAACCUGUAAAAGUAAAGUUAAAUUAAAUAUAGUUAUUUAUUUUGUAACUUUGUCAAACUAAAUACCAACAAUAGAGGAAGCAUAAAGCAAAAGUUCAGACUUUUGUUGUUCAGUUCAUCAUGAUGUUCUUUGAUUGACACUCUCAUUAUGCGCUUUCUCUUUGUGGUUUAAUGUGGGGGUGUCCACAAACUUGACAGGGCUGUUUUUUUCCAGAGUUCUGUUAGAGCGGGACAGAGCAUCAGAGCCACACUAGAGAGUGAAUAAAUCAGAGAUUUAAAGCCUGUAAUAUACAGAGAAUGAAGUUGUUUUAUGGCUAAAACAGGAUUGGUCUGUGUAAUAUUUUGAAGGGAGUAUCAGUUUUUUCUGUUUUUUUUUUUUAUCAGCCGUUCUAUUUAAUCAAUGACGUCAACCUUUAAUAUGAGUUGCAGAGAUUUAAAAGAAAUUAUUUGCUAAAAAUACUCCAGAAAUGAGCUUGUUAGGAGCAGAAAUGCUCUGGCUGAACUUUUCUGUUGGGUUUAGUGUUGAGAGUUGCUCUAUAGAUCGACUGCAUUAGUUGUUUUGGUUGAGCUUUUGUGCUUUGAAGCAUAAAGAGUGGGCUUUAUUGGAAUAUAAAAUGUCAUACUGAUCAUCAGACAGUCACAAUAACAAACAAUAUCCUAGAGCUAACUUGAUUAUAAUCUGUUUGUCUGCAUUAAACUCUCACAUUUCUGCCUAUAUUGAUUUGUUUAUGACAAGCGAUGGAGGCUUUCUGGGACACUAAGUGAAGUCCAUACUCUCGAUCAUAGAGGCUGAGUGUCUCUCCGUCAUUCUGCAGCCGGUCCUUCUCUCCAUGCGUGUCAUCUGAGCUGAUGCUUUGGCUGGCCGUCCUCCUCCGUCAGACUGAGCCAAACCGAGCCGAGCGAGCCAAACUGAGCCGAGUGAAAUCAAAGCUCUGAGCAUGUCCGUGCCUCUCCUCUCUGCGCUGACAGUGAAGGGCUCAUUGAGCUCAGUGCUGAGCUGAUCGUGGAGUAAAAAUCAAAACCAGCCCCGUAUUAAUGUCUGUCAUCUCACUGUGUCCCCCCCCUCUCCAACAUCUGCUACAGCUGGAGUCAAAUCAGGACGGAUGGAGGGGAAGAAUGAUGUCCUCUCAGCUCGGUUUAAUGUGUAAAAUCUGUUUCGCAUGUUUGGUUUGAUGCUGGUUUCGCCCAUUAUAGUAAUCAUAACUGUUAAAAACAACAGAUGGUUGAUAAAAGAAACAUUUCUUUAUUUAAUACAUUAAAAUAACUGAGAUGGAGAGAAGCAGAAGGAUUUUUUUUUCAUGCUACAAAGCCUCUUCAUGAUCCACAGCAAGCAUUUCAGGAUUUCAGACUGUAUCUCUGCUGUAGUGUUGUCAAAAGCCCCUCAACGACAGAUUCAGAGCCAAGUUUACCUCAGAGUUAUACAAACCAGGGAUUUGUCCAGCUGUGUGACACCAAAUAUGUUUAAUAGGGGAGCUUUACAGCUGUGAAUAAAGGUGCAAGAUGAUGUGGAGUGCAGAGGCUUUACAGUCAAAGAUAGAGGACAAUACUCAAGUCCAGUGUUGGGACAGUCUGACUCUCAGCCUUGAGAGAUUGUUGGGACAAUGUUCAGCAAUUGGCUGAUAAUCUGUGUCAGUGAUUAACUUCACAGAUGUCUGAUAAGAUGGAUUAAUCAAAAAGUGUGCUGCUUUGGCUCAGCUGACAGUGUCUGUCCCUCUGGAUCUGAUUUUACUCACCAGUCUGCCUAAUGUCCCGCCCACAGCACUAUCUGAUUGGCUGGAUGUCAAACAGCUGUGUGACAUAACUGUUAAAGGGAUAUUCUGGCGUAAAAUUAAGUUAGGGUCAAACACACCGUGACACCAAGAGAUGAUUUAUCAAAGAGACUAAACACAACUCACCGUCUCUCUUCCAGCAGCUGCUUGAGUGUACGGAGACCUCCAGGCAAGUACAUCAACUGCAGUGGAGUUUCGAAGCUCAAGGAAGAACAUUUGUGAUUAUUUCUUCAUGGAAAUGCAAUCAGACAGAGACGCUAAGGCAAAAGAACUACCACCUCUGCAGUGCAAAAUGAUUAAUAUGAUGAUUAUUACUUUAAGGAAAUGAUGAAAAAAUGUCUGACCCGUGCUUGCUCGAAUGCAGAAGGGAGGAGUCGAUGAUGCUUAUUACAACAGGGCUGAUUGUGGGCUCAGUCACCUGCAGGAGAUGUGAAGGUGUCGGAUUGAGAGAAAUAUUGUCAAUAGAUGGCGCCCUUGCUCACUUAUUUUACUGUUCUGUGAAAGGUUGCUCUGUGCGUGCCGAUGUGACGUCAUUAUGCUGUAUGUACGCCUUGUUGUGUAAUCAGAAGAGUGGGCACGGUAACUGGAGUUGUGUUUUACGCCAGAGUGUAAACAAUGAAACCUCCUGUACUGACCUCAAUAAAUAAGUCAAAGGCUAAAGAGAAAAGAUUGAGUCAGGUAAACGAGUCACAAUCGGAAUAUGUGUUUACAUGGACGCGUUUCGGAAAAACGAUCGGCAUAAACCACCUCUCUUGAUCGGAAUACAAUUUCUUUCCGAUUGAGCCGAAUUGGAUCAGAAUCUUCCGAUCGACAUGUUCACAUGACGCAUUUUUAUUCUGAUCGUGCAUUAUUCCGGUUAUUUGUGCCCAUGUAAACCCAGCUAUUAACAUUCUUAAACUAAAGGAAAUACUGUAUUUACUAUAGCUUAAAGCUCAAGAUAAUUUCAGGAUGUUUAAAGCGACAGAUUUAACGUGGUGUAGGUUUCAAGUAAUCAGGGACUAAAUUUCAGGAUUUUGCUCCUUUUAUAGAAAAAGCUGUCUGAGUAAAAGAUGUUUUACAGACUAAAACCUUACGAUCACAUCCUGAAGCUGCUCUGGUGGAUCUGCUGCAGCUUUCUCUCCUCUGUGCUGAGGAGGACGUCCACUCAUCAGCAGCUUUGGAAAUUUAAAAACACUCAUUCAAUCGUAUUUAUGGGAAGAAUAUUUGGAUUAAGGUUCUGACUCAAACACCAAAUUAAGCUGUUUUAUAGAAGACGAUAUGUUCUUAAGUAUUUUUUGAAAUCAUAACAAGAAGCUUCCAGAAAGUGUGACAACUUUUGAACUGUUGCACUUUAAUUUACCGGAGGUCUGUUUUUGACUCUACUGCUGACUCUGCAAAGUGCACAGUUAUCAGCUGUGCAUGAAAUCACUUCUUCUUCUCCCAAUUCUGUUAACAAGAGCAGAAAAAUCGAGAAGUCUGUGUUUCUAAAAUAUUUCUUUCUGUCUCCUUCCUUAGAGACGACAUGGGAGAGACCAUCCAGUGCACCUGGGACCCCCAAAACCCCCCUCAAACACAAGAACUCCCUCCCAGCAGGUAAAGCAGAUCUCUCUCUCUCUUUCCGUCUCUUUCUGCAUCUAAAGUCACCAUCCCUCUAACACCCUCAUGUUUCAGCGCCCCGAGGCUGUGAAUUCUCUUAAAAUUCCUCAGAGGCACAAAGCAGCCGCUCAUGAGCUCCAAACAGACACUUCCUGUGACUAAUUUUAUCUGAAGCCUCGACCGCAGAACUGAGCCUCCUCUGUCCUCCUGUUGGCUCCGCUCUAAAGACAGAGACGCUCACACAGAGACAGGACGGUUUGUGACAUGUCCCUCACUCUGCCAACGGCUGGAAGCAGACCCUCGCUCAUUUAUACCCUCUCCUUAAAAAUCAACCUCUGAGUUUCACCUCAUACCAAACAGGAAAAAACUUUAUUAUUGUCUCACAAAUCAAUGCUUUUCAGGAACUUUUUUAAUCUAACACAUAAUUUUAUUCAAAGUUUGUUCACCCAUAGAGAUUUAUCUAUUAGUUACAAUCUUUCCUUCAGUCCACAGCAGCUACAAGUUCUCUUCUCUUUUGUACAUCUUCCUAUAUUCUUGUGUUUUUCCAUUGUUGAGACUUUAUGCUUUGUAUCCCCCUUUUUCUGUACGGAUAAGUUCAAGCUUAUUCCAUAUAACACCUGGACUCUUCUACUAGGGAGCCAUGCUGUAGUAAUGCACGCAGAGUGUAUUUGGACAUUGUCUUGCUGUGAUAUAAAAGCCUUUCUUGAAAAAGUACGGAUGGUAACAUUUGAGGCACCAAAAUAUUUUCUAGCAUUAAUGGAGAUUUCCUAAAUGAUUUCCAUGCCAUGAUAACUUAUGCAUCCCUUUACCAUUAAAGGAUGCUUGCUUUUGAACUGUGAGCUGAAAACGAGCUGGAUGGUCCCCUCCUCUAGGGCUCAGGACUUAGGGUCCAUGAUUUCCAAAAGGGAAUGUCCAAUUAUCAUUCAUAAGACCACAGCAGAGUUUUCUGCUUUGCCUCUGUCCACCAUGAGCUGAACCGUUUCAACCUACGUUAUAGAUGCAGUGAAGUGAGUGUAGAGAAGUGAUUUUAAGCUCAUGCAGUGACCGCUACUUCAGAGUCAUGUCAGUUUUUAAUGCAGUGCCUCCCGAGGGUCUAAAGAUAACAACCAUCCAGUGUUGUACCAUUUUUUCUGCCAAUUCUCUGCCAAUUAAAUCUUCAAAUUUUUUACUAAUUUAUGCUGAGUGAAAUUUUUCUGCUGUGUGUUUAUAUUUUUCACUUGCUCAUGCCGUCUCUCACACAGUGAAGAGCCUCUUUCUAUCUUUACCCAGUGCUGGUUUUACGUCCAUUUAUGUUACCAACCUGUUGCAUAUUGACCUACUGUAAAAUUGGGUGUAAAAGAUGUACUUUUAACACUAUUUUUGUUAUUUAAAAAGUGAGUUGGGUACUUGACCCCAGUGCGGCCAAUACACCAGUACAGAAUGCAGUGAGAGUUAUCCCAUUGUGUAAGAAGAUUGGUAUAAGGAGCGAACAACUGAUCUUGGUAAAAUGGUUAGCGUGGGACAAGUCUGUCCAUGCCUCAUGCUUCUCUUCUCAGUUCAGCUGUACUGGUAGUUAGCAGGAUAGUGAAGAAGCAGAUGGUUUGAAUAAGAUCUUCACAGCUGUAGAUAAACUGUGCAUUGUGGACUUUGUUGAAUGCAGUGCAUAUCUUCAUGCCAGAGGACAGUUUAAGCCCUUUUGUCCUGGGACACCACCAACUUGCACACAUUAUUUGAACAAGUAAAAAUUAAGUUUAGCACUGUUUUUUUCAAACUUUGAAGCAAAAUAGAUUUUCCAUGUAUCAACAAAGCCAUAAAGUAAUGAAAUGUCUCUCUCUCUGGUCUCUCCUCAGUGAAUGGAUUUCACUCAGGUGGGAGUCCGUUGCAUCAUGCAGAGAAUUCUCACAACAGUCUGAUGAGGAAGAGCAGCACAGAACCACAGGUGAACCCAUCUGACUGUCUGACUGUUAGUCUUCCCUGGCAACUUAAAAAAAAAAACAGUAAAAAAAUAUGCUGAGUGAUCAUAAACUCUGACUAAAAGAGGUUGAGCCAUGGUCAACUGUUUCCACAAACUAAGAUAACCCUGAUGACGUCAAGCACAGAGAGACGAUCAGAUGUGACUGACGCACUCAAGUCUGAUUUAGAAAUACUUCAUUUCCUCCCAAGGAGAAAUUUAAAUGCACAAGGAAAUCAUAGAACACGACAUAACAAAUGUAUUUGUUAAACAAAAGGCAUGACAGUUUUUACAGAAAGUAUUGCAUAGAUAUUGUCAGCGUUGCAGAGUUAAAAUACACUCACCGGCCACUUUAUUAAGUACACCUGUCCAACUGCUCGUUAACACUUAAUUUCUAAUCAGCCAAUCACAUGGCGGCAACUUAGUGCAUUUAGGCAUGUAGACAUGGUCAAGACAAUCUCCUGCAGUUCAAACCGAGCAUCAGUAUGGGGAAGAAAGGUGAUUUGAGUGACUUUGAACGUGGCAUGGUUGUUGGUGCCAGAAGGGCUGGUCUGAGUAUUUCAGAAACUGCUGAUCUACUGGGAUUUUCACGCACAACCAUCUCUAGGGUUUACAGAGAAUGGUCCGAAAAAGAAAAAAUAUCCAGUGAGCGGCAGUUCUGUGGGCGGAAAUGCCUUGUUGAUGCCAGAGGUCAGAGGAGAAUGGCCAGACUGGUUCAAGCUGAUAGAAAGGCAACAGUGACUCAAAUAACCACCCGUUACAACCAAGGUAGGCAGAAGAGCAUCUCUGAACGCACAGUACGUCGAACUUUGAGGCAGAUGGGCUACAGCAGCAGAAGACCACGCCGGGUGCCACUCCUUUCAGCUAAGAACAGGAAACUGAGGCUACACUUUGCACAAGCUCAUCGAAAUUGGACAAUAGAAGAUUGGAAAAACGUUGCCUGGUCUGAUGAGUCUCGAUUUCUGCUGCGACAUUCGGAUGGUAGGGUCAGAAUUUGGCGUCAACAACAUGAAAGCAUGGAUCCAUCCUGCCUUGUAUCAACGGUUCAGGCUGGUGGUGGUGGUGUCAUGGUGUGGGGAAUAUUUUCUUGGCACUCUUUAGGCCCCUUGGUACCAAUCGAGCAUCGUUGCAACGCCAAAGCCUACCUGAGUACUGUUGCUGACCAUGUCCAUCCCUUUAUGACCACAAUGUACCCAACUUCUGAUGGCUACUUUCAGCAGGAUAAUGCGCCAUUUCAUAAAGCUGGAAUCAUCUCAGACUGGUUUCUUGAACAUGACAAUGAGUUCACUGUACUCAAAUGGCCUCCACAGUCACCAGAUCUCAAUCCAAUAGAGCAUCUUUGGGAUGUGGUGGAACGGGAGAUUCGCAUCAUGGAUGUGCAGCCGACAAAUCUGCGGCAACUGUGUGAUGCCAUCAUGUCAAUAUGGACCAAGCUCUCUGAGGAAUGCUUCCAGCACCUUGUUGAAUCUAUGCCACGAAGAAUUGAGGCAGUUCUGAAGGCAAAAGAAAAAAGUUGUUGCAUAAUCGGAUUCUAAACAAUGUUUUUUUUUAUAGGACUUUCAACAUUUAUGUAAGUCAUAUAGCAACUUAUGAAGUAAUAACUUAGAUGUAAUAAAAGCUCAUAAUGCAAUAAAAUCAUGAGUGGAUAACGUAAUAACAUCUUUAUGUUUAAUAUAAUAACGUAAGAGUUGAUUAUUCUUUGACAUUAAGAACUUUUAUUACGUUUAAGUGAUUUCAUUGUGAGUUGCUACAAGUCAUAAACUAAAAAUGCACAAAAAUUAAGAUUCAAGAUAUUUUAUUGUCCUCCGGUUAUACAGGCGUGUGAAAGUUUUGCUGGACGGCUCCAUUUAGAGGGCUACAUGAAAAAUUUAAGAUAUAUGAAUUAUUAUAAAAGAAAGAUAUUAAAUCAUGCAGUGAAUAAUAGAAGGUAAGUGUAUUUUUAAGUAUUUAUGCUGGAAAGUAACUAGCGCUAGAGCUGAGGGAAUAGUUACAUUUCAAUAAGAAUCUUGGUUAUGGCUUCACACAGUCAUAAAAAUAUGAGAACUGGGACUGAACUAUUACAGUACCUGCCAUGUUGUACUCGUUUUGUCCCUCGUAGCGGAUAGAGCGUACCUUAAAGGGAUAUUUCGGUGUAAAUUUAAGUUUAGGGUCAAACACACCACAACAUUGAGUUAGACACCCCCUCGAGAGAUGAAUGUUGCCGACUGCUUGCUUCUCUAGUUACACCAACUUUAGUAACGACCGCACGAUGGCAAUACACAGUGGUCUACAUCUCCAUGUAAAAACCUCAACCAAAACGCCACUCUUUAACCACAAAUAAUGCUCAGAACAGCAGCUAACUUCAUCAACAGUACAUAUAGGGUCCCAGCCAUAGAACUAGCCACCAAACAUCAUUUUCAGAGACCAAAACACAACUCACCCACUCUCCUCCAGCAGCAGCUUGUUUGUGAGGGAGCCCUGACGAGUUGAUCACCGAGUGCAGCGGAGUUUCGCGGCUCAAGGAAGAACAUUAAUGAUCAUUACUUCAUGGAAAUGCAAUCAGACUGAGACGCUAAGACAGAAGAACUACCGUGUCUACAGUGCAAAAUGAUUAUUAUGAUGAUUAUUACUUCAAGGAAAUGAUCCGCUGUACUUAGUGAUCGCCUGACUUAAUUUUACGCCAGAAUAUCCCUUUAAGUCAAAGCUCUUACAGGGAAGUGAAGAAUUGAUGCAUGGUCUCUUUCAACCCUAUUAUUGCCACAUUUUUCAUAGAGAAUAUCCAUUUAGACAGAUGUGCUUUGGUGAACAAAACAAGAGUUUUAAUUCCUCUACAAAGCUUUUAAUAUGUGUCUGUGAUGUAGCUGUCAAAUCAUGAGUAAUCAUUCUUUAAAAAUAUGAUACCAGAUGUAUUAGCUGUUUCUGGUUCAAAAAUCAUCAUCCUCCAGACAAAAAUCCAUAUUUCUGUACAGAUCUUUUCUGUUAUGUCCGACUCAUAAGACAGCAAUCUGAACUAGUCAGUGUCAAAAACAGGAACUUUCAGUGACACACUUUGUCCAUAAGGAUUAUGUUUCAGUGUCUACAGCCUGCUUUUCUAUAGAAGGAUGAACUGGAGACACUUGAACACUUUUAGUACAUUUUAGUCACUUGGAUCCUGAGAUAUAUAAAGCGAAGUGUCAGGUGAACAAACAGACUGUAAGUUCAUUUUUAUAAAGUCUGAACAGCUUGUGUUUGAUAAUAAAAACAAGAGAUGAUGUUUACUUUCCUCUCUGAGAUGAUCAAACCCCCGCUCUCUCUCUCUCUCUUUCUCUCUCUCUCUCAUUAUAAGCAGAGAGGCUGAUGGUAGUUAAAGCAGAUUAAUCCCUCCUACAGUAUCUGCUCCCCUGAUCGUAAUUAACCAACAAUCCACCCACCACUUUUUCACUCAGUAUCCUCAUUUCUCCCCUGUACUGCAGCUCCAGAGCACGCCAUAAAACACACACUCAAACACUGAAAAUUCAAGGUUUUCUUUUCUACCUGACUUUUUCUGCAAGAGAGGAAGUUCAAACUCAGAUUCUUCAUAUCAUAUUUUUUAUCCUAAUUUCAGUUUGUCUCCUCAUACUGUUUCUUUGUCCUCAAACAGAAGUUUAACAAUCACACACACAGAAAGAGAGGCAGCCAUGUGUUGCUUUGCUCUGCAGAACUAUCCUCCCUACUCUGCACAGCAACACACACACACACACACACAUGCUAACACACACACACACACACACACAUUUAAACACGCCAGCAGCAGCAGCAGCAGCGGCAGAACCAGAGAGAACAGCAGACAGACGCUCAGCGCUCGCCGGGAAAACAACUGUCUUUGUGUGUGUGUGCUGGUGCUGCUGUGUGUGUGCGCGUGUGUUUGUGCGUAGGGAGUCAUGUCUGACACGGAGGACGGAGGUUUUGACGGGGCAUCCUUUUUCUCUUCCCCACAGAGUCCGGGAUCAACGUCGCCCACUAGGAAGCAGAACAAGGAGACCACAGUGACGGUGAGUGGAGCAACUAAUGCAACUCUUUAACUAACCAUGAACUCGCUGCUCUCGCUACAGGAGCCCAGAGGGGCCAGAUGAAAUGCAAGCAGAGGGAGAUUAAGUGCUUUUACCUGCGACAUUAGAAAGAUAAUGAAGGAAUGUGUAAUUUCCAGGAGUGCACAGGUGAGAUUUAAUUUUCCAGGUGCGUGUUUUAAGCCUCAGUCGUGGGCAGAAAUCGCAUAAAAACUUAAAUCCAACCUGUUUAAACACAAAAACUAACUCUUACCUGUUAAAAAGCUGUAAAUCUGUUAAAUAUGUAUCCACUGCUGAGAGGUGCAUGCUGCUUGUUUUCUGUUGCUAGUAUACACAUGGUGACGUCAUCCCCUCCAGCAUCCAGAUGAUUUCUGUUGUCAGGUCGUUGCUUCCUGUUGGCUCUCAGUAAACAGCAGAGCAGCUCCUCAGUUUCUCUCACUCACUGUAAUUUUUUCACUGUAUAUGCGAAACUAAAAGCUUGAUCUCUGCUGCCAUGGCAACCACAGUGAUGCCGCUGAUAUGCACGUGGUGGAAAAAAAAAAAGAAACAUAAGAGGAUGAUCUGCUGAAUAAAGAUUUAGUUUAUGAUUAGGAGGAAAUGAUUUGCGAAGCAGGACAUGUUCCUGUAUCCACAUUUCAAUCAGGUUUUUUAAUCAUCUUUUUGCUUUUCUAAUUUUUUUAUACUGAGGUACUGGUCAGUAAAAUCUAUCGAAACCAAUAACUUUAUAUUUCCCUUUCUCGUCAUAUGUGACAUUUAGCUUGAAUUGGAGUAUACAAUGCAAAAUAAGACGUAAUAAUGAAGCUUCGACUUGAUAAGAAUAAUAAUUCUCUUUUUUUUUUUUUUGAGCGAAUACUGAGUCUCUUCCUCUGAGCUUUAAUUUAUAUAUCAAAAUGUAUUUACUCAUGAAGUGAAUGUCAAACCUGCCAAACCUCAUGUAUAGGUCCGCAGGGUCCUUUGAAAAGUAUAAAAGUCACAGAAUAAAUUUAGAACAGAUUUAAAAAUAUUAAAAUGUCAUAAUGAGCAGAUAAAUAUUUUAAUGGGGAUCAUAUUUUGAGAUUUAGAUUGAUCUAGGGCUGGGCGAUAAACCCAAAAUUUACCAAUACUGAAAUUUACGACAAUAACCCGACGUCAUUUUGCUCAUGUCAAUAUAUUCGGUGUCAAAUAAAUAAAUAAAUAAAUAAAAAGUCGGUUUUGAAUGUGUGAAGUAGGCUAUGGUCUCAUGUCCCUUUAAGACGCUGUUCUAUGUUAGAGACGUGACUCCACCCCAUCCAGUCCGUAACAAAGAGGGAAAGACAGGAGAGGAGACGCAGGACGGUUCAAAGCUGUAGAAGCUGGAGCGGCGGCUGAAGUAGACGAAGUUAAUGUGGGAGGGGCUGAGCAUCUUGUGGAGUAAUUAUCAUCUAUUUAUUGUUAUCAAGGGGAGCUGCUCAAUAUAUCGUGAUAUUGAUUUGAGGCCAUAUCGCCCAGCCCUACAUUUAGCAAUGGAAAACAGCUGACUGUAAACAGUUUGUCAAAAUAAAGCUAAUUUUAAGUCCGACAGUGUUUGACAGGAGUCAUAAAAACUAAGGAUUGUUAACCUUCACAGUCUGUUAAAACUCCCUAGUUAACAUUUGUAGAUACAUAUUAAAAUAAAGUUAAAAAUGUUCCUUACAUAACCAGUGACAGCUCAAUAAUGAUUCUAAGAUCUAUAAAAUGGUUUUAAAAUGUAUAGAUGCUGAGUAACAGGACGAGCUGUAGAGGUUUGAGACAGCUCUGCCGAUGAUGGACCACACUCAAAUGUGUCUUGACAACUUUGCUCAAAUGUGUUUCUGAUAUUUUAUCCAGAAAAAGCCCUAAAAGCUCUGAAACUCUGUCUAUAUCGAGCACAACAGUAUACAAAUCCAAUACUGAGUACUUCUGCUGCCCCACUCUGAGCCGAGGACAGAGAUUCACUUGUUGGAGAGGGAGUUAAGUGAAAGGUCGGCUGAUCAAGGUCACCUAAGGUCAGGAGCGAAAGGGCUGCAAACAGUGUGUGAGUGUGUGUCCAUGUUAAUGCAUCCUGGUCCUCUCCAAAGGAAUUGUGGGUCAGUUUAAGCCCUGUUAGCUGUCCAUCUGUGGACCUCAGCAGUGAUUAAACAGACUCCACUUCCUCCAACAAAUUAUAAGCUUCAUAAUCCAGGAUACGGUUGAGCUGGAGGCAGUUUUCUUGUUUUUCUCGUGCCUUUCUAUCUCACAACGAGCUCUGGGAAAGUCAUCAGCAGAAGUGAAGUGGUCGAUCUGCUCUGAAAGGUUUUGGCUUUCGACAGAAGUUUCACUCAGAGGUUUUCAAGAAGAAGAGUUCAUCCUCUCUGCAGGCUGAGAUCUCCUGAUGUUAAUGUCUGAGAGGAAUAAAGCAGCGACUGUUUGUCCUGAACCUGCAGUCUGUUUGAAGACAGGACUUCUUAUAUGUGCCCUGUCUUUGAAUUUUGUAGUUUAUUUUAUGUUUGUGCCUCUUCAUCCUCCUUCUUCAAGUCAACCUUGGGCAGCUUUGACGUCAGACACUUUACCUUCUCACUGUGAACACAGUGUAUGAGGUGUAGAUACUUCAGGCUGUGCUCUUUAUUCCCGUUUCUGCUCAGAAAACUGAGCGCUCUUACAGAAUAUGAUGUGAAUUUUUAUCAGAGAUGUCCUUUGAGUUUUGUGUUUUCAUUCUGCCCCAUCUCUGGUCUGUGUCCUUAAGUGUUCCCACGGUGACCAUCUUCAUGAGCUCAUCUUAGUGACCUCACCCACUGGUUUAUGAGGUGGAGUUUUGAAGCCUAUCAGAGGCGGUCGCCAUAUCGGAAAUGGUGACUCAACCUAGCGUCAGGGCUUUAAACCUCCUCGCUAAGACCUGCAGUGUGUGUGCCUGUCAGUCUAGCCUUCAAAUGCAAAACUCAUAAUCUCCAAAAGACCUCCAAAAUCAAUGGUUAAUAAAAAUUCACCCUCCAGUGUGUGUGUGUGUGUGUGUGGAGAAAAUUGAACUUUUUGUACCAAAACUGUACAAGGCAGGAAACAUGUUUAUUUUUGCUGCUAAGAUUGGCUUGUUUGAACUGGUGUGUAUGUGGCUUUCAGUGCUUUUGGAGCCAGCCUCAAGUGGACAUUCAAGGAACUGCAGUUUAGCACUUCCAUGCUGGCUUCAUUUCGAUAGACCAGAAGUUAAAUUCAGAGAAAAAAUAAAUUCAUCAGCAUACGCUAAGCAUCCCUAAAAGCAUGUUUUCUUUUGCAUUGUUUCUGUUAUUGCUGUUGUUUAUUUACUCUAUCCUUUUAUGUUCCAUUUUCAUCUGCAGCUGGUUUCCUCUGGAGCUGUUUUAGCUUUACGCGUCUGAAUUUGCUGUUUUCUCUCAAAGAGAGCCUAUCUCUGCAGACAGGCUCGCCUCCACUGCCACUUCUGAUUUCCCUUAAACUGGCACAAAUAUACAAACAUAUUUACGUAUAUAUUUCAUUUUCAUAGUAAUGUAUUUAGAAUUUUAUAUUUCUUUUCAAAGAGAUCACAAAUGUGUAUAUAUUAACCGUAAUGGGAUGAUCAUCUUCACUUCACUAAUUUUUAUCAAACUCUCAAACUUGUAAAAACAAGUCUUAACUGCUGAACUGAAGUAUUUAAGUUGAACUCACUAGUGAGUAGGGGUGGGCAUCACCAGUGGCCCCACGAUACGAUAAUAUCACGAUACUUGCGAUUUUUAACAUUUUGCAAUACAGUGAGUAUUGUGAUACAACAUAUUGCGAUUUAUACAAUUCUUUCAACUGUUUAGCUAAUUUAGCAUUUGUCUUUCCUUAAUGUUUGUCUUAUUUACACUGUAUUUUAUUUUCAUGUAGCACAUCAUGCAAACCUCUUAAUGUCAGGUCCAUCUCAUUUGUGCCCUGCUUUUAUUCCUAAUGUCUUUCCCCAGGUGCUGCUAUAUUCGUUGCACUAACUUUCUCCUGCUCUAUGAUGUCACCUCUUCCAACCUCAUUGGACAAACAGUUGAUUUUAUUUUUCCAUUAUCAUAGAUUUGACUUUAUAUUAACUAUUACUUUAAAAAAAUCGAUACUUGGUAAAUGAGAUGAUACAAGAUAUCACCAGACAAAAUAUCAUGAUUGUAUACUGUAUCGAUUUUUCCUCCCACCCCUACUAGUAAGCCAAACAAAUGUUACAAAAAAUAAGUAUUAAUGAAUUUUGAAAUCUUUAACAUGUUUGUGCUGGUGUUCCAGUUCCUGGAUAGAGUACGUUUUCUUGGACAUGAGGGUCUCAGUUUUGAUCAGGUUUUUAUGUACCCUGUUAUGUGAAAAGUGCUGGUCUAGUUUAAGUUUGAGGAUCUUUUUUUUUUUUUAGGAUUUUUGGUUUUAAUAAGACAGGAAAGCUUAAGAGUGAUGAAAUGUGAGGAUAGAGGGGGGAAAUGAUUGGCACCAAAUCAUGCCAGGAUGACCUGAGGAUCUUAGCCUUCGUACAUGUGGUCUACUGACUGUGCUCAGAUUCCGACUGAACUCAGAUUUUGCUACGUAGCGAACUCAGAAAGAACAAGAGAAACUAUGGCGUGAAUACACUUAGUCUCCGUUUUUGACCACUGCAGACUAUUGGCACAGUCACAACCUCAGAUAAGUUACUCCAGGAGCGACAACAAUGAAAAUCCCACAUAGACUCUGCACAAAAACAUGUUGAUACCAAACCAGGUUAGUAUUUGGCUUGUCAGGGGGUAUGAAACACCUGGUUUCUCUGUUUGCCUGUUAAUACCUUAUCCUGAACUCAAGUCCGUGUAAACAAUCUUAUUGUUGGUCUGUCCCAGAUCAGAAUAUGCACACAUUUAAAACUACAGAGUGCAUCAUCAAGAACCUUUUGUUUUAUCAGGAAAUUUCACAGAAGUAAGGAUUUAUAAAGUACGCUAAAUCCCUAAGUCAGCUGAUCCUCUUGCCGUUUAUAUUUUUAGCAAAUAGAUCAAAUGAAAGAAUUACAGCUCCUGAGAACAGAAGGUAGUGGAGUUACAUGCAUUGUGCAAAACUCUGCAGCUCACAGUGGGGCGUCCUGCAGCAACAUAAUGAAAGGCAGUCUGUUUCUUUUAGUGCUGUAGGCUGAAGUGAAAAAUUCAGAGUGUGUAUUUUAGAUUAAAAAAAAACUACACAAUGAAUACUCUGAAUAGUCAAGAGAAGUUAAUGAGCAGAGCUGAGCUGGUUUCAAAUGUCGCCUUAUCUUGAGUUUGUUCUCCAAGCGGCAGAUAUGAGAGUGUUUCCAAAGCAACCGAGUGCUGCAGACUACCUUAAAUACCAGAGCAGGAGUCCGUGUGUGUGUGUGUGUGUAUAAUCUGUCAGCAGACUCUCACAGAACUGCUGUACAUCUGCACGAGCCUCAAAGCAAACUCAACUGUUAUGAUCCAAAAAACUGCCCCAUUAAACCAACCUCCCUGUGGUGCUUUCUGUCUCUCUCUCUCUCUCUCUCUCUUUCCCCCUCUUCCAGAUAAACUGUGUGACGUUCCCGUCGUUGGCCGUGGUCGAGCAGCAGCUGCUGAAACCGAACGAGUGGAGCUACUGUGACUACUUCUGGGUAAAUUCACUGAAACAUUAAAGAGCCAGUAAAUGUCUUUUAUUCUGCCCUGCAGCACAGACUGGCUGUAAUUAUCUGACAGAGUACAUCAUUAAGGUACUGUAACCUGGAACCAAAACACACCUUUAACAGCUGACAACAGGCUGGCAACAAACAGCAGCUUAAAGUCACCUAAAGGGAAAAUAAAGUCACUGUAAUUCAUGCCAUGUACAUAUUCUGGUCAGAGCAGUGUAUAGUUCAAAUGUUUUGACAGAAACUGCACAUCCACAUGGACAGAUAUCAAUUACCAUUCAGGCAAACUUCACUGAAAAUGCACAAGAAGUCAGAAAAAUAAAUAUGUCACCAUAGUUACACCUCCCAUAGGACCAAUCAGAUGAAGGCAUGGCUAAUUCUGUCAUGCGUUUAAGUGAAUUUGUGUUAAUUUUAGGGUUACGGUUAGGGUUAAUUUUUAAGGCUGAAGAAGGAAGGUUGAGUUAAGGUGAUAAGCAGAGCCUCUCUGUUGUUUGUCAUGUAAGGGAUAAUGCAUGGCGAACCCUAAUGGAAGUUAGAACCACAAGUCCCGCCCUGAACCACAUGUUGAUUUCUAUAACUGCACUGCCAUGCUUGUAAGCCACCUUACACUGACACUUCCCCCCUCGCUCUGGUUUCAGACAUUAAAAAAUUACGCUAUGAAAUUGUAAAUGCUGUUGCCAGUGGUCUCAUUUUUGAGCAUCAGUAUAGAUUCAGAGUGUUGAUUGCAUUUUGGCAAUCACUGAAAUGAUCUCUUACAUGACUUUAUCCACACACAAAGCGAGUGUUAUUGCUCAUAUUUACGCUCUAAUGUUUCUGUAUUUAUAGUAUGCCACAUAUUUAUUGUGGUGUUUAUGCACAUGGUAGAUUUUCUUUGCAGGGCGCGGGGAUUUUACAGCCCUCGACCUCAGCACUAAAGCGUCUUUGUCAGUCCUCCAAAUCUCUCCUAACAGUAAAAUGUAGGUAAAUAAAAACCAUGCAGUGUGUACCUGUGACCCCUGAAUGUGACUCACGCAGAAAAACACACGCAUUCACACAUAAUUUGUAGUCUUAAUAAGAGGAGGCAAUAAUCCAAGGAGCCACUGCUCAUAAAGAUGUUUAUUACCUCUAAGAUGUUUAAAAUAUAUGUACCAAGUGUCGAUGAAACAUUCUGGUACGAGAGUGCUGCAAAGCAUGAGUUAAAAGUGUGGUAGAAAUGAGCAAUGACAGGCCUGAAGCUGCAUGAAUUUUUCAGCUUAAAAAAAACAAAUUUUAGUUUUUGCUUGUUUGGAGCAAAUAACGAUGCAGAAGAAUGAGGGACCAGUUUUACCAAAACAUGCAGCAGGAAUUAAAAGAUCAGCUUCAGCAGUGAGGGUCGAAGGACCUGAGUUUAAAAUCCUCUGUUCAGUGUUUUCUUACUUUAGCAUUUUUUCUUCUUCACUCUCUUUGUCAUCUCCUUUUUCCUCAGCUUCAUUCUCACUUCUCUUUGUUGUACUCUUGUUCUCCUCAUGUUUGUUCGUGACCUCAUCUUCAGUUUGUCUUUCUUGUUCACUUUCAUCAACUUCUGAUUCUUUGUCGUCCUCAUCUUGAAUUCGUCUUCAUUCUUUCUUUCUUUUCUUUGAUUGUACAGUCUUCUCCUCUUCUUUGUCAUUAUCGUCUGUAUCAUCUUCUCCAUUUCCUAAACUGUGGGAGCUAUCUUCUGCGUAGUCUUCUUCUACGUCGUUGUUUUCUCCAGCAUAGUCUUCUUCUACACCGUCAUCGACUUCUGCAUAGUCUUCUUUAUGUCAUCAUUAUCUUCUGCAUAGUCUUUUUCUACGUCCUAAUCUUGUGCAGACUCUUCUUUUACGUCAUUGUUAUCUUCUGCAUAGUCUUCUUCCAGGUCGUCAUCAUCUUCUGCAUAGUCUUUUUCUCGGUCGUCGUCUUUUGUAUAGUCUUCUUCUACAUCAUCGACUACUUCUGCAUAGCCUUCUUCUAUGUCAUCAUUAUCUUCUGCAUGGUCUUCUUUAAUGUCGUCGCGAUCUUCUGCAUAGUCUUCUUCAACGUCAUUAUGUUCUGCAUAGUCUUCUUCUACAUCAUUAUCUUGUGCAUAGUCUUCUAUGUUAUCUCCUGCAAAGUUUUCUUCUACUUUAUCAUUAAAAGGUAUCAACAUGGAUUUCAACCUAUUUCAUAAAUGUAAAAGAAAAAAACUCCUCAUAGGAGCUUUAAGCAGGUAAAUACUGUCUCUGAUCAAGACUUCAGAGAAUUUGAGAUCUAGAUUUUCCUAGAAAGCACUCAAAUACUGCAAUGAAGUACUGUAUGAAAUACACGGACAUGAACAUAAGAUUUGUGUAAAACUCAUAGUUUGCUGUAAUAUGUGUAUCAUAUUACAAUACUACAGUAUUUACAGGAUAUUUUUAAGAGCUUGUAAUAAAAACUACAGCACAGUAAAAUAAAAUGAAAAAGAAGUUUCCAAAGAAACUUUUAUCAUCUUUUCUGUUGCCGACAGGUGUUCAGUUCCGCGCAGCUCUGAAAUGCAGCGUAUUUCAUCAGACCAGGAAAAUUCUGAUUUUAUGAAAACAUCAAGGUUUAGUAGUUACCAGGUUACUGUAAACACUGACUCAUUUCUGAUUCUUUAAGGUUGUAAACAGCCUCUCCGUGUGUGAGGAAGCAGGAGGUCAAUGUAUAGGUGUGAUAUUGUCACCUUCCUGUUUCUUAGCGUGUGUAAUUUUGUGUGUUUCUCCCUCAGAGCGACAGAAAGGAUCUUCAGGGAAAUGGCAGCAUCAGCGGGUUUGAAGUCCUGCUGCAGAAACAGCUGAAGGGGAAACAGAUGCAGAAAGAGAUGGCCGAGUUCAUACGAGAAAGGUAUCACGCUGUCUUUUCUUCUUUUUUCACCCUCAGGUAACCAUGGAAACCACACAGCCAACACUCAACAAACCAUUUCCCCUUUCGUCCAAGCACAUCAGCGUGUUGCUCAACACAGGAAAUGAUCAUGGAAACAGUCAGGUUGUGUAAAUGUUGUGUGGUGAUGAAACUGUGUUGUUCCCUCUCUUAGGAUCAAGAUAGAAGAGGAGUACGCCAAGAACCUCUCCAAACUCUCUCAGAUCCCCCUCGCCAGCCAGGAGGAAGGGUGAGUGAACAGACUCGCCGAUGAAAUAACCCCCCUCUCUUUAUAUUGUGGCUGCACCUUUCCCCACACACACACACAAGAAAACAUACACAAACACUCUGUGAAGGAUGUGAACCAACUUUCGGUAAAGACAGACGUGUGUGUGUCACCUCCUGGAGGAGAAGAGUUUCACCUCGGCAGUCGACGUGGAGUUAAAGAGGCUGUGAAUCAUCCAUAUCUGGGCUCUUUCUUUCAAAGUUCAGUCAGAAUAUUGAUGCGAUGGUUUAAAGCACUCAAGAGGACAUAUAUUUCUAAGCAGGGUCAAAGGUCAAGGCCACCUGCUGUAAACAGCCAUGAAGCUGAAAGAGACAAAGCAUCAGAGUUGAACCAGCCAGUGAAGAUCCCCAAUUUGAUUAUGAUCCAUCAUGAUGGAUCAAGGCUGUCCCGGCAUCAGAUUUCAUCUCACGCUUUGAAGUUGCCAUAUUUCCUGGAUUGCAAACUUAUACUUUUAUUUUGAAGGGCACUACUUCCGUUAGCAGAUUAAGCUGAAAACAUACAGGAUCCGUAUUGAGUGCGUUCUGUCAGCGUCGCACCUCUGCUCCGUUGAGCAGCGCUGUCUAUCGCACACAGGAUGCGUAUUUGGAGCGUGGCAGCAGCGUAGUGGUCAGCUCGGCUCAGUAUAGAGGAAACAACAUGACCACAACAGGUUGUUUUGCCUUUCUGUGGUCGAUUUCCUGCUAAUCUGGAUAUAAUUCAGUGACUGAUGUUGACUGCGUGUGAAAGAGCAACAUGAUUUUACAGUUUCGGUUUUUGCAGGUUUACUCGUGUUUAAUAAAGUAAACUAUGUUCCUUUAUGCUGUUACCUUCAGACAGAGUUAGCAGUUGGAAGUCCUGUUGGGGAUUGACUAUCAGAUUGUUCUGUGAUACUGAUAAAUCCAUAACCAGGAAGUAUUUCUCAUCUACAUGAACUGAUUCACAAUUGGAAGUUCGCAUAUGGUGUUUUAUUUUGAAAUUUACCGGGUUACAUGUGCGGUUUUCAUGCUUGACAUCCUGUCUAGAACAAUCCUCUCUGUGUAGAUUGACACAUAUUGGAAGUGUAGAGCAGAUAAAAUAGACUUGGCUUGUAUCUUUAUCAGAGCCGGGCUUGACAUGCUUUUAAAACGGAGCUGCAACGGAGCUGAGACACGUCCUGUAUGCAAUACUUCAUUGAUUAGAAUGGCAACCUAUUUGCUGCAUGAUAUGCAACGCUGAUGGAACACGCUUAACACGGAUCCUGUAUCUUUUAGGCUUUAGUUACAGCGCUGAAUGCCAACAAUUUAAAGAACAGUUUGAAAGUACAACAGCUCAAUUGAUUAGAGAUCAAGAGAGACACAAGCUGCUUUUGGAUCACAAUAAAUGAGUUCAUAAAAGAGACAAUGAUGUUUUGUUUCGUGUUUUCAUGUCUGCGGUUUCAAACGAUCGGCUCUAAUGCCUCCACAAUUUUCUGUGGUACUGCAGCCUCCAGCCUGUAUCCCCAAGCUUGCAGAGGAGAAGACUUUUGAGUUUCAUCUUUGAGGAGUUAUAAAACAAAAGCUUGGAGUCGGCUUUGAGUGAUUGUGUUGGGUAUAAAUGUUGAAGUAGCCGGCCAAUUAGCCGGUCAGACAGACAGCUCUACAGUCAGCGAACCAGUCAGGCAAGACGCCCCAGAGAGAGUGGGUGUGUGAGACACUGAAGAAGUCUUGUAAAUCACUGCACUCUUUGAUCUGCGUCCUGCAGCAGACUGAAGCGUUAAACAGAGGGCAGGAGGGCAGGAGCGCCGAGAGAGGAAGGAGAAGAGGAAGAGGAGAGGGGGAUGUACAGAGGUGUGAAGAUGAGUCCAGUUUGAUUCGAGGAGACAGACUCUCAGUUGUACAUGUUUGAGGUUGUAGGGGAGCAGUAAUGGAGGAAAACCCUGCAGGGAGAGAGAGUUAAUAUCUACUCCUCUCCUCUCUGGCCUGACAGCAAAAGGGGUUUCAUGCUGAGGCUGAGCCUUUGUCUGAUCCUCCGAGGGGAAACGGGAACAUGAGAGCAGAGCUGAGAGGGUCACAGCUGACUGAAAACACCUACAAAGACCAGAAGCUGUGAUUUGUUUGGAUGCCGCCUACGGCCCGGUUAUUAAACUCGUCUUUAUUAAGAGAUUCCUCCAGGACAGAGAGGGAGAGCGCAGCAACGUGACCAGAUAUCACUGCAACAUGGCGCUGAAUAACAGAUGUUUUGGGAGGGAAAAUUAAAGUCAGAUGCUGCCUAUUAUUAUUCAAAAAAUGAAGUAUUGUUUUUUAUCUUUAAGUUUGCUGUGAUGGCAGAUUCCCUCAGGACAUGCCCCCUCAGUCAGACCAACAUGAGAACAUCAGCAAGAGAGACCUUUUUAUUGUCAGUAGCUCAAGCUGCAGCUCUUCCCUUUCUACCACAGUUCAUGCUCUCAGGCUGCCAAAUCAGUUUCUUCUUUUAUAAACAUUCUAGAAAUACAUUUUAUUUUUCACUUUAUGCCCUUCAGAGGACACAUGACAUCAUGAAGAGGCUGUGAGCUGAGCUGCAGUCAGUGUAUUUCAUUGUGCAAAGCUUGUUUUUAGACAGGGAUUCCAUAUUUAUCAGGAGUCGUUUCUUUUAGAUGGAGUAAAAUAGAUGAACAAAAUCUUGGGUGGUGUCAAUCUGAAGGGAGUGGAAAGCGUUGGGAGUAGAGCUGCUGCGUCUUCACAUCGGAGGAGUUAGUUGAGGUAGUUCAGGUAUUUGAUAAAGAUGCCGUCUGGACAGCUAGAUAUAGGGAUUGCAUAUCCCACCUGGUCUGGAAACGCCUUGUGGUUCUGGAUAGUGUUGCUCCGUAGGGGGAGGUUUGGGUCAACUUGCUUUGACUGCUGACCCCAUGACCUGGCCUCGGAUAGGCAGGAGAAAAAGGAUUGAUGUGUUAUUUGAUUAUUUUACUUUGUGUACCUUGUUAUUUCAAAACUCUCACAAUGGAUGCAUUAGCAUAUGCAUGUGUGUGUCACUUUAUUUCCAGACCCUCUGCAGCAAACCUCAUUUUGCAGAGAAGCAAAGUUUAGUGGAAUGAUUUCACUCACUUCAUGCGUUUUGCAGCUGUGGUCUGUUUUUAGUUUGACUUAACAAGUUUCUGAUGGCAGCAGUUGUAAGCUUUUGUUUGCAAACAUGAAACUCUAACGUAAUCCUGAUUUAUCCUCGAAUAAAUGUGUAGUCUGGGCUUAAUUUUCCGUUCUCAGAAAGUGGUCAAACUUGAUGCUGAAAAUAGCCAGCCCACAUAGAAGUUUAUCUGUUCUUAGCCCCUCUUGCCCUGCCUACAUGUGUAUCAUAUAAUUCCUCUCCAUGUGAGCCUGCUGUUGCAGGGUCAGAGUGGGAAAAACUGUCUCAUAUAGAAUCCAGAUUAUACCAGCCGGCUCGAUCAGCCCACACCCAGAACAGCGCAGCACAAUACUUUUAUUAUCCUCUCCCUCAGGCCGCUCUGUUGUCAGAUGGACAAUCAGUGUUUUGUUGGUCAGUUCCUACCAUCCGACCCGCAGAACCAGCCGACUAUUUAUUCCUGAAGUUACCAUUUGUUUGGUAGAGAUGUGGCCCAGAGGCAUGUGAUCACUUAAUUCUGCUGAAUGGAGGCAGGAAAUUAAUUCUCCCACAGAUACAGUACUUUGUUGACAAGUGAUAGUCAGCUCAGUUAUAGGUGGAAUCAUAAGAUUUAAACAUUUCUGCCUCAUCUUGUUUGAAAUGGAGAACAGUAUGUCCAUAUGCACCAGGACACUUUUGUUUAAUGUGUUGAAGACCACAUGAAUCAUCUCCAUCAUGUGCUAAACACCCAUGUUAGAGCAUAAUCUUUGACAGAGUGUAUGGCAGAGUGAAAUGGGAUUAUUUUGUAACAUAUGAUGGCCUUGGUGGUGACAUUUUUAAGCAGUUUCCUUUUUCUCUAUUUGCUGUUUAGGCGAUGUAUCUAGUCACCCUCAGAUUCAGACAGAUUCCCUUCUGACCUGAUUAAAGUCGGGCCAAACAGGAACAUUUGCUGAAUGAACGACAAAUAUGAACUUUGAACUAUCAGUAAAAAAACAGCUCUGUAGAGGUUUCUGUUAUUAACCAAGAUGAUUGCUGCUACCUUGGAGAGUUUUCAAUCUGCUUUCGCAUCCAAAACCACACUGAUAUAUUGAUCAGUAUCAUUGGCCAACAAUCAUUUAGCAUAAAUAAGUCAAUAUUGGUGCAUAUGUGCAGGAUGUAAUGGAAGGGGCUGCGAGCUGAGCUGCAGCUAAAGGAAAGGGCUUCUUUUUUAUUAGGAGUUGUGACUUUUAAAUCAAGACAGAUAUUCUUUUGCUAAUAUUUGUGGGUGGUGUCAAUAUAUCACAGCUGUGACAUCAGGAGGGGCUGUGAGCUGAGCUGCUGCUACUUUAUUUAUCGGUGCAAAGACUGUAGGUAGACUCAGACAGUAUUUAGUGUAACACAUAGAUUGUAUGGCAGAGAGUAUUGAAGGAAGUCUGAUAUUAUUGGUUGAUAUUUGCCCAAUUGAUGUUCAGGUUAAAAGUAUCAUAUGUAAAGCUUUUUAGUUAACAGGGGGUUUCAGGAGGGGGCUGUGGGCUGAGCUGUAGCAAACUUAUUUCUAACUGUGUAAAUGUUUUAUACAAGAGCUGAAUCACCUCUACCUUUCUCUAUUUCUACUAGGGGUGUUCCAACAAGGGUACCUCACGAUUUGAUCCGAUUUUGAUUAUGGGAGCGUUGAUUCUUUGAUUCGACGAUUAUAAUGAUUGUCAGUUCGUUUCAAUUAUUGGUGCCACGGUUCUUCGAUUAUUGACAUUUUUAAUGCUUUUUUUCCAUACGAGAUUGAUUUUGUCUUCACCUGUGGCUACAUUUGUAGAUAAAUAGCCUUUCAAUUAACUCAGUUCCUCUGAAACUACUCUCAAUAAGUAAAUAACGUUUUUUGAACUAAGUAACUGAAGUAACUUAAACUUAUUUUUGCCUUGCAAAUCUUGCAAAUCGUGCAGGUCUUGUCAGACGUCUUGUUUGCUCUCUCAUAAAACCCAAAGUACUUCCACACAGUUAGAGUCAACCUCGGUGUCGAGAGAAUCGGCCGCUCUUUGGAGGCUGCUGAAGCUGUUGCCAUUUUGCAAAGAAACUAACGUGCUCCGAUUGUUGUGGUCCCACCCACUAAACAGUCUGGGCGGCGUGCGCAUUAAGGUUCCAGUUAAGGGUUUUUUUUUUUUGUUCCGGCCUUGCAGGAAAUCACAGAUGUGACCAAUUUAUUCAUUUUUUUUUUUUAAGCGUCAACGUUAAUUAUUUGAUGCUGAAUCAUCAUAUUUUGAGUGUCUUCUGGAAAAGUGAUAAAAAGUUUUACAGCGCACACACGAAGUUCUUGUUUGCUGAUGUAAGAAGUCAAAACUUUGAAAAGCCGGAUUUGAUAAAACUGUAUGAACAGCUGCAUGUGUGAGAUGUGAUAUGAUUGAAGGCAGGGGACUGUAAAUAUUCACUCAGAACUAAAGCAUGGACAGUAUGUGUUUGGGUGACACUGAGGUUGACCCACUUUUGUUGCUGUAGUGCUGCAGGUGUUGGACUUUCCUCUGACAGUGCGAGGAAUGUUUUGGCUGUCAGUCCGAGGGAAUUCCUCGCGUGUCUGUGUUCAUAGCGAAGCUUUGAAGUGAGCCGCUCGGACAUGAAGAUGGUCGGCCUCGUGUCUCUGUGACCCUCUGACUGCUCAGUGAUUGUUUUACAGUCAGCAGCUGGGGCAAAUAUGGAGAGACGUCUGCCUUCCUAUAUCCUCUGUUAAAGGAAAAACUGUCCCGUUACUGUUGCAUCUUCAAAAACAAACAAUUAACAUGCCUUACAUUCCCAAUUUAUGUCCAUGAUGGUAAAAUAACAGACGCAAAGAUGAAAUAAAGGGCAUCAGUGGUUUACGUUGCACAUGUGCACCCUAUAAAAAAUAUGAAAAUAUAAGAAGCAAUAAUAAUUCAGUUUCACAUAGAUAUCUCUAUUGUUAUAUGCUUCAGUUAUUUGUAGCUAUCAGUGAAUCAUUUUCUCUUUUUGGAAACAUUGAAAUUUUAUUUUUGUGAUAUUUGAACUUUAUCUUCUAACAAGUUAUUUUUUUCUCUUCUACUUUUAGAUGUAAUAUUAGGACUCAAUUCUUAAAAUCCUAGUUUUUUUUUGUUUUUUAUUAUUUUUAUUUUAAUUGUGGCCCUAAACUAAAAUGUUGGCCCACAAAGCCCUUUGAAAGACCAGACAUAAUUCUUCAAUUAAAAAGCAAACAAGCUGCAAGUUAGAAGCGCUGUAAUUGUGCCAAAGUCCAAAACAAAAGCAAUGAUGGAAACAAAGAAACAUGAGAUGUACAGUGAAGGCCAGCAAACAUAGAAAACAAAUGCAAUUCAGACAUAAAAACUGGGCUCUACAGUGGGUCUGUAGGAGGUUCUUAAUGAAAUAUUCAGUCAUUAUUGACUAGAGAGCUUAUAAGAAUGCGGAACGAUAGACUUUACCACAGCAGUGUGUGGGUCAGAGACUGUAUAGUAACUGGACGUAGCUUUGGUAACAUAAACCAUUGAUUGGUAAGGCAGAACUUUGGAGUGUAUCGACUGUGGUUGCCGGAUUGGAAAUGUUGACUCAACUUAACUUUUAGUUGGUGGGCCUUGAGCCCCCUCACAGAUAGCCACAGUGUGCCCCUUAUCAGCCAAGUAAGCCGUGCAUCUGAUUCAUCAAUAUUGUAACCUCAACAUCUUCGAAACUAACAUUUAAAAAACAAAAAAACUGACUCUUCAUACAGUGGCGGCCCCUGAACAUUUUAGACCUUUACUUUUUUUAGACCAGGAUAUAAACAUAUAUUAUUUCAGAUAUUCAGAAACAGAUAUUUAUUCAGCCUUCGACAUGGACUUUUUUGACAAAGCGUGUACGUGGUUUCUGGUGCUCUUGCAGUGAGCCUCAAGUGGACACUCAGGGAACUGCAGUUUCUAGCAAUUCACCAUCAGCUUCAUUUCUCAAGACCAGAGGUUGCUACAUGGUGUGGUCCCACUGUCUACUUUGUAUAAACAUGAAUUUAUAACACGCACAAGCAUCCCAUGUAACUUUAACCGUGGAAGUGUUUGUAAUGAACAGGCAUGUGUGCUUAAGUUAGCGCUUUUAGCUGUCUGGCAGUUGUCAGGCAGUUUAACUGAGGAAAAAACACAGGGCGCCCCCUACAGUCCUCAUCAUAUCUUGAUCUGCAUCAUUUUUCUUUUUCUUUUUCUGUCUACCCUCCCCCACAAACACACACACGAUUGCAUCAUUUAUGUAUUUAUUUAAAAAUCCAAACACUAGCCAGGCUUUCAUAAAGUAGUAAUUAUCUUAUAUAAAGAUAAGUGAUGUCUAAUUAUGACGGCAUGUGCGGACUUAAUUCUGAUGCUGAUCUCUUAAACUAAAAACACUCUCCUCAGAGUGAUGGUCCCCAGCUGUGUUUAAAAUCUGUGUCUCAUGUCUCUCUGUAUGUUCCAAUCGUGUGCUGAACUGCCGACCUUGAUUCUGCAGAUUUACUGUUUCUGCUGUAUCUGUGAACUUUUGCACCCACUCUGCCGCUGAACUCCAUCUGCACGUGUGUGUGUGUGUGUGUUUUCGUGUGCAUGUCUUAAAGUGAAAGUGUGUGUGGUCCUCUGCUGUGUGAGAUAUUAAACAGUCUUCCUCCUCCUCCUCCUCCUCCUCCUCCUUUCUCUCAGGACUCUGGGGGAAGCCUGGGCCCAGCUGAAGAAGAGUCUGGCAGACGAAGCAGAGGUUCAUUUAAAGUUCUCCUCAAAGGUAAUCCAUCACACCUCUCUCCUCCUCUGAUCAUAUGCUUCCCUUUCGACGGCUGUACAUGUAUUUUCUUUAUGCGUGUGAGUCAAGGUUAAACACGACACGUAUUUCCUUUAUGCCUUAUUCAAAGUUCUCUCAUGUGGAGGUGUUUUUGAAGAUCUGGUAUACUCUCCCCUGAACAGACAACUUUAGUUCCUUCUUUUGUUUUGUCUUCUUCUUGUCAUUUAUCAUCUUGUCAGUAAGCUUUUGCCCUAAAAAUGGAAACUCACACAGGCGGUUGUUGCAUAACUCUCUUCAAAAUGAUAACUAAGAUGGCCACAGCCUUUAGUCUUUAGCAGAAGAAAGCUAGCAGAUCUGUACAAAGUGCCAACAGGCUCUUAUAAGCACAUCUGUGAAGAGCUGUGUCAUUUUCCACCUGCUGUAGUCAUCAGUCAUCCAUACCUAAAUUGUCCAAUUGAAGGUGCAUCCACAUUAGCACCUGUGGGUGUGUUGUACUUAAAAAUGAGGUGUGGUUGGUCUCAAAGGUGAGGCAAGUACCUACACCUUAGACCAACAAAAACUGGGUCUAUUUUCUCUUGGAGUGGUACUCCUCUGGUAUUCAGAGGGCACAUUAGUGAGACAAUAAAAGGGCGCAUAAGAGUUAAUUCCUCUGCUUGUUACACACUAACAGCAGUGCUUCAUCCACUUCAUAGUGCAGGGAAAUUGAGGUUUUCAUUGGUGCAGGGGGCGAGUAUUUGUGUCCUUGUCUGUGUGCAUAAUUUUGGUUGAGGCGGAUCAAAGGAUGCCAGAAGAAGAGGACACUAUCAUCUCCAUCUCCUCAUGCACAGGCCAAAAACUCCAGACUGGCAGACUGACAUCGAGUUCUGCACACUCUCAUACGCAAACACAUGUUUACACACAGUUCAGGAUCUUCGUUUUCCAUCACCAUCAUAACCACAUAUAUUUACAGAUAUUAAUUAAAACUGGGCAACAGUCUUCUUUGAUUUAAAGCACACGGGACAUUAGUUAACUUUCGAUCUUGUUCCUUACUGUCAGUGCAUCUUGGGUUUUUUAAUAAUCAGUGAGGUUAUACUUCUGUACAUCAUGCAUGAUGUAUGCAUGUCAUUAAUUUGAAAUGCUUGUGGGUGUUAGUGCUGUUUUAGCAGAUAUCAAUUCAUGCAAAAACAUGACUUGUGUUUUCUGAGAGGAUUAAAAUCUGCUGUGUAAAUAGUAACAUCCCUAACUCUGAAGAGCACUGAGACACCCUGAGUAGUUUGACCCUGACUUAGCACCAGAUUGAUGUUUGGUGGUUAGUACUAUGGCUGGGAGCCUAUAUGUACUGUUGAUGAAGUUAGGUGUUGUUCUGAGCAUUAUUUGUGGCUAUAGAGUGGCGUUUUGGGUGAGGUUUGUGUAUGGUUCCUCAGACCGCUGUGUAUUGCUAUCGUGCGGUGGUUACUAAAGUUGGUAAAACUAGAGAAGCAAACAGUCGGCAACAUUCAUCUCAUGAGGGGAUUUCUAACUCGGUGUUACGGUGUGUUUGACCCUAACUUAAUUUUACACCGGAAUAUCCCUUUAACUGAUAGAACCUGAAUGGACAUGUCUAAGUUACUUAUGUCUGCCGUGGGCUUUAGACUGAGCAUUUAACAGGGGUAAGGGCUCAUGUGUUGACAUUGAAGACUGCAGCACAUAUAAAGUAUAUAAGACAGGAGUUAUUGGUCUACCCCUGGAUAGAUCAGUUAGUUAGUUUGUGCUCAUGUGUGACUGAUGAGCACAGAACUUGACACGUGUCAUGUACAGUAUGGAGUGAUUUGGAGUUUCCAUCUGAUGAAUACUGAGCUCAUUAACACAGAGAGAGUUUUUUGGACAGUGUGUGACUCGAUACUGACUUUAGGUUCUGCAGACCAUGUGACUCAUGAGGCAGACAGACUGUCUUCAGAUGUGGUCACACACAGUUAAAGGUUUCCUGAUGGCUCUGUGGGCUGGAGCGCACCCAUAUGACACACUCAUCAUAUGUCAUCAUAUACCAACACCCUCUCUGACACUGCAGUUGUGAUUUCAUGCAAAUGGGGAAAAAAAAGAGCUGAAUUGAAAAUAUGAGCUCAGUUUCUCACCUGGAUGGAGGGGAAGGGAUUUUAAUUGCAGCUUGUGAAGUUGUGGACUUGUGUGUCCUGGGAGUUAGAAGGGAGAGGACAUACAGAGGACAGAGUCUAAGCUGGACUAAUGGAGGAAAUGGAGGCUGUGGUGGGAUCCUGCAGAAUUGUACUGAUGCCAGUGUAACCAAUGUAGUUAAUACCUAAUCUAGGAAAUGGUGGCUGAAGUACCAGGAAAAACCAGAUGAGAAGUUUUCACCAGUUUGGUAUUUACUGUAGUGCCCUGAACUUUUUGGUACCUCACAGUGUGACUACAUUAUCGUCAGGACAGGGAGAUAAUUAUAUGAACACUAUACCAUAAGUAUGAAGAACAUGCUACAUGAUAAGCGACUUUUUCUGAUGGGUUUGGUAUUGUAAAAACUUGAUCAAACUGUGUACUUAGUUAUACAGUAUGUUACAUCCACAUACAUGUUGUAACUACACAGAUUUAAGUAUCUUGAACUAAAGGUGGUACUUCCUAACCUGUGAAGGACUGAGUUUUCUCAAAGUUGUUUCAUGGCUGUAAAAACUUUUUGGGAUUCAGAAACUAAGAAACAGGAACUUACCUGCUACAGUCAUCAAACUCAAGAGGCAAUUCAAGAAGAUUCUUAUACAACCCUGAAAACUUUAAAAAGAGAGAUUCAUCCCUCCAGAUAUGACUUACUUUGUUCCAUCCCCUAUCUGUUUCUGGUGCGUCUCCAUUUCACUGUAAACAGUAUGUUACACAAAGGUUUAACUCUGGCUAAUUCUUCAGUAUGAAGUACUCAUGUGAAAAGUGGUCUUUAAAUUGUGAUUAUAAUAUUUUUAGCUAAAAUCACAUUACCUGUGUAAUUUUCAAGAACUUUUCUUCUGCAGAUCUCCAUCAGCUCAUUAGCAGUUCGCCUCUAAGUCAUGGGUGGAGACAGCGCUGCUCUGCACACUCCUCUUCAUGCUAGCUUGCAGCCUAACAUUGCUGGUGUAGUAGAAGAAGGAAUGAUGAAAGCUAAUAUCAUAAUUAGCUUUCUUAUUAGCAAUGCAAUCCGCUAACGCACACACUUGUUCUGUGAUCGUCACGGGGCACUGGGGGCGGAGCUUGGAUUUGUGAUGUAGGAAAUCUCACUGUAUCUGAACCUGCUGUUUGGGUCUGCCAGAGAUUCACAGCGAUUUGAAUGCAGAAAUACUCAGUUUUUCGCACUUAUUUUUUCUCAUGAUAUGUCCUGUAGCAUCAGAGAAAUGCCGUAUGAACAUGUAGACGACAAGAAAAACAUGAUUUUUAUCGGAGUGGGUCUUUAAGACAAUCAGAUCAUGGAUCCAACCUCCAUUCAAACAAAAGUUUUAAAGUUGUUUUCUUCUCUUGACUUUUACCAUUCAAAAUCAAAAACAGAAGUGAGGUCUCUCUAUAACUUCCUGCUUACUGUGAAACUUGGUGUCAACAAUGAGCUGGCGUGCCUUUGAAGGAUGUACAGACCUAAUGAAAGACGGUGAAUAAUAUGCAGGUAUAUCUGAAGGGGUGACUUUCUCUUCUCUUUUGGUCUGAGACCUUUGCGGCUCUCAAAUUACUAACUGGAUCGGACACAAAGAAGCUCAUAGAAAAUAAAAUCUUACAGAAGACUCAAGAUUAAAAAGGAAUAGUGUCUUAUCACAUAGUCAAAGCAGUACGUUGUCUCACUCGGCUUUGUUUUCCUUUGAGAAAUAUCCCAAAUGUGUGGAGGAAAGUGUAGUAAAGAUGAUAUCUUCUGUUCUGGUUGUUGUUUGGAUCUUAAAUUGAAACCGUUUCUCCCGUAAAGUGGCUCAGGCCGAGGGGAUGAUGACAUCAUGUUGAAAACAGCUGCAGGAAAUGGAGCUAAUUAUGGUUUUGGGAUAAUUAAAUCAGAUAUGAAGAGAGGGGAUUGAAGUGAUUUCCUGUUUUGAUUGAUAACAUUAUGAUUGCUAAAGUGCAUAAAGUUGGAUUUAUUACCUCAGUCACCACUUUAUAUGCAUGUAUGAGGAUGUGACAUGGGAACAAACAUGAUACGUUUUAUUCCUCCCCUGCCUGUGGGUGCUGAUCGUUGGUCGUUUUCUUGUUUCGAUCAGCUGCAGAGCGAAGUGGAGAAACCUUUCCUCACGUUCAGAGAGAACUUUAAGAAGGACAUGAAAAGGUUCGAUCACCACAUCGCCGACCUGAGGAAACAGUUGGUGGGACGUUAUGCAGCCGUGGAAAAGGUACGAAAACUACACAGUAAUGCAGACGAAAGCAGCACUGAAACUUUGCUUUUCACAAAUACAUGGAUAUAGAAAUAAAUCAAUCAAUAAAAUAACAUUAAUAAGACUUAAGAGUAAAUACUGGAUGUUUUUGAUUGGUUAGCUUAGCUGUCAAUCAUCCUGUUUUGGGAUUCAGUGCUCCAGGCUUCUUAUUUAAAAACUACAUAAAGCUUCAUUGAGGAUUUUUUUAGGUGACUUUAAAAUAAAAUUAAAAUAGUAUUGAUGUCUUUAUGUGUAAGCAGAAUAAAAAGAAUAUCAAUGACAAGACUGACAAUCUGGAUAUCAUCAUUUAUAAUACCUGAAACUGGUGCAAGGGGGUAGCUGAAAUAUUUAUACAAUUUCCACAAAAAAUAUUCACACUAAAUGAUUUAUUUGACUGUCAUAAAGUCUACAGGAUGAUAUUAUUGUAUUAAGACACCACAUAAGUGCUUGGAAGACAAGAUAAGUAAAGCUUGCUUUGUCCACAGGGGGCGCCAAAGUCAACACAAACCAAAAGUUCCUCAUAGGGGCUUUAGAAAAAUGAUAUAAAUCAUAUUUUUUCAAACAUGUUUGGUGUAAAUUGUAUGAUACACAAAUGAAUAAAUAAAUUGAUGUCAAGUAUGCUGAAUUUUAGCAUUAUAAAACUGUAAAAUUAAAUAUUUAAAUGAUUGGCUCCUUAUUUCCACAUUUUAACUGGACGUCCAACGGUUUCAUACUAAUUUGGCUCCGACUGUGGAGUUAUUUCAACACUGCUCUGUCUGCUGAUUAAAACAGCAGACGUCUGUUUCUUGGAUUGUUUCCUGCUUUUUGUAAAGAAAUUGGCUGAACCCUGAAGUCAGCCACAAAUCUGUCUCAUAUCAUCUGUUGUCUGAGCAGAAAGCAGGACGUUUCUCUGAUAAAUGUAUCUGACGGACAGUCAAGCAUUUAGAGCAGGAGGGAGAGUAGGAUACUGGACAUGUCCAAAGUGUGCAGCUGUGAGGUCUUACAUGUCUCCGUCUCUCUGCACAUCAGGCUCGUAAAGCCCUGGCCGACAGGCAGAAAGAACUGGAGCUGAAGACGCAGCAGCUGGAGAUCAAACUCAGCAACAAGAUUGAAGAAGACAUCAAGAAGGCCCGCAGGAAAUCCACUCAAGCAGGUCAGAGCCGGGGGUCAGGGGUCAAACUGUGGGGUUACAGUGGUCACAGUCUCACCCAGGUGUGUGGGUUUUAAAGAGGAAUGAUGGUAUUUAUGUACCUGGACGCUCUGUCGGCAGAUUGUAAACCCUGAAUACCACAGAGGAACAAAAGGAGAGGUUUCAGUGUAGAAACAGAGCAGACUACACAGACGAAAACAGAACAGAAACAGGAGUGAGUCAUCUACUGACACUCUUUUUCUCUGUGUUAAAUAGAGGUUAAGAUGAAUCCAAAUUUCUGCUAUUGUCUGUAAUGUUAAAAUGCCACAAUUAUGUUAUAACAACAAACUUUGAAUCAAGGCAGCAGCCGAUCAGCAGCUCCUGGGCUCUGGGAAUGACUCUUUUUGUUACAAGGAUUUAGAAGUCAUAUUUAACUGCAGCCAGCUUUGACUCCAUUUCUAGAAAAUGUCUCUAUCCUGUUUGGCAGACGAUAAAUGAACCCACUUUGGUGUGAGGUUAUCUUUACAUGCUCUAGUACAGUUUCUCUGCUCAUGAGUGAAACUUUGCAGCUUGUCAGGAGAGAAAACUACAGAAAGAGACUGAGCGUGGGAUUGUUUCUCCCGUGUUCACUGGUCUUCUGCAAGUGAAACUCUGACCUUCUCGCUCACCAGUAGUUUUUCACUCUUGUCAGUUAGUGGGCGGGCAGAGUCCCAGUGCUUUCACUUGAUUAUGAACCUUAGUUCCCUUAAAUGACAAGAGGAGAGAGCUGGAGAAGCAACUUAGAAUAAAGGUUCUGCAUUACAUUUUGUUCUUCAAUUAAUAGAAAUGAUAAGUUAAGCAAAGACAGAAAUAGUCAACUUUGGUGCUUGUGUUGUAUCCUUACUCGCUGCUUCUUAUUGUAAUCACUGUGGAUUACUUUUUUUUUUACAAAUUUUUUACAGUCACUUAUUUAUUGAUAAGAUGGAGGUGUGCUGGCUUGUAUACAGUGAUAAAUCCCUGUCCAGUUUGUUGUAAGAAGAAGCGAAAAGAUGUUCCAGCUGCUUUUACAACCACAAAGAAGGAAGUGAAAGUUAUUCCAGCUCUUUCUGUUGCGAUGAGAGGCAAGGUAAACAAGCUCUAGUCUGCAGCUGUAGUUCUUAGAAGUGAAGUCAUGCAGGUUUUCAUAAGUAUUAGGUUAUAUUUUUAAGUGUAUAAUAUGAACAGAUUUACAUACACAAGAUUGUUCUGUUUGUUUAAGCAUCAGGCAUCAUUUUAAGCAUGCCGUUAUUAAGAAAUAAGUCAUUUUUACACUGUUUAACAGUUGUUCUGCAAGUUUAAUAUUCAGAUUAGAAAUACAGACAUAGUUUCACCUUGGUUUAUCAGAAAUGAUAGAAGAUACUGUAUCAUGACAUAUCAGAUAAGAUCAGAUCAUAAUGUGUGUGGCUGAUCAUAUUCAGGGUACUUAAGUGACUGUGCCCUCACAGACUGACAGACAAAACAGAAAAGUUUUAAAAACAGGAGAGCUGUUGAACUCCAGGAGAAUAAACUCCUAACUGCGCGUGUCCAGCCAAAACAUACUCUAUAGCAUGCUCUGUACUCACUUACUGGCUUGGCAUGUGCACUACAUCAUUUUCAGUGGUUUCGUUUUGAGAGAUGAUAGAAAAACUUUUUUUAAAGUAAAGUUUGGUGAAGUUGUCACUGAAUUAAAAAUCGAAAUCGAAAAUCAAGUUUUCAGAGAAAAAAAUCAUGAUUUUAUUUUUGGACAAAAUCGAGCAGCCCUAGUUUGAAGGUUCAAGAUUGUGCACACAGAUAUUAUUCCUGUAUCGACUGUUUAAAACUUCCCUGUUUCCCUGCAUUUGUUUGCACUUGCACAAAAUGUUCCUUCAGAUUGUUUUUGUUCAGAUUAACAGAGGUUUGUGAAAACAGAAAAUGUAUGAGAGUAUUUGCAUUGAUAAAAUCAUCUACAUGGGAAAAUGGCAAAUUUCAUUUUCUGGCAGGAAAGAUAAAAAUGUUUGUCAGUGGAGGGCGAUGGAAUAACUACUUUUAGUUAAAAGAUCGUCUUCCUCUUUGCCAAAAUGGUCAGUCUCAGAAAGGAUCUUUUCUUUAUUCUUUACUUGUCUGACAGAAACUGGAACAGCCUUAUUCACUGCUGCAGUCUAAAGAAAUGUACUGGAGCAGUUCCAAAACUUUUUGCACCUUUUAGUCACUUGGACCCCAAAUCUUUCACUGUCUGAUAGUCUGAUUCCUGUGAACAGAGAUUUUCUGAGCAGGAUCAGAGAUGUUAGACUCUCCUCAGUCCUGAAUGCAGAACUCUCACUGCUCUCACUCCACGGCUAACUCACUCCUGCAGUGUUACUUUCACCCUUCACUGGAGCUCACUCUUGAAAUCUGCAGUGACCCCCCUGACGCUGUGUUUGUCUUGAACAUGAGUCAUGAGCUUUAUCAGCACUUUGAGCCAGACUGAGAGGGUUUUUUUUUUAUUUUAAUAGAAGGAUGAGAGAGGACUGGACUGUGUUCACACCAGACUGACAGAGAGGCGUGGGCAGGGACUGACUCCAGAGUCUGUGGGGGAGACACAAGCACAUCCAAACACAUUAAAAAUCUGAUUUUAAUCCAACCCCAUAAAAUCUUUCUUAUCACUGAGGGAUUUAGGAUUGAUUGUUUUCAAUCUCUGCCUCCAAAAAUGUGAAAAAGUUGGUAAUCAAGACAAAACCAACCUCAUUAUUUAGUUUAUGAAACGGUGCUUCCUCUCCUUCACUGACAGAUUCAAGCAGAGGGACAUUUUCAGAUGUGAUUCUAUUGUUGGUCCUUUUACUGCUCGAUUCAGGGUCACUUUUCAUUCCUGUUCAGUUUUUUGUUCACACAAACUGCACCGAGUUUCCAGUGAAGUUGCACUGAUUUUACUGCACCAUUAGUUUUGGCCAUGCUGUGUCGUUCGUGAUUACUCUGCCAAGACUUGAGUCGUCUUGUUUAACAAUCAUGUUUAUAUCCAUGAUUCCUGCCAUCGUGGAGCAGCAGUGUGAUCCAUUCUGAUGAUUAUACAGCUUGAAAAAAUAGUUUUCCUGUCACUGAGUGAAAAAGUCAACAAAUUUCUUAUCGGAUAUUUUUUUUGCAGCGUUUAAAAAAUAACUUAUGUAAGUGAAAUUAUACAGGAAAUAAAAGAGGACCUAAAAUCAUCUCCGAGGCUAUAUUCACGCUGCAGACCUCAAACAUCAACUCGCAUCUGUUUUUCUAUCUUGAGCUGUUUUUUUUUAAUUAUUGCUUCUUAAAUGUUGUGUGUAUCAGAUUCCUGUGUGGUCCUGAGCUGACCUGCAGGUGCAAAACAACAACAACAACAACAACAAAGAUGUCACACAGAAACACACACUCAACAUGGCGUUGAUGGAAGUUAACAUGGCAGCCACUGUGUUAAGCAUGCUCUUUAAGUGUAAUUUGGACUUUAAAGUUGUGGGUUUACAAUUAUAGAGGCGGUGUGAUGCAUUUUACUGAGCCAGAGAGUCGCAAUUUUGUAGGAAUGAAGCCGACCGCAGAAACCAAACCAAAACAAACAAAGUCCGAUCACAAAGCUGCUGUCGAUUCUCAGCUGGUGGCAUUCCUCCAGACAUGAGCUUUUUAGUCACCUCCUCAUGGCAUCCAUAAAGGCACAGGCGGCCCUUUCUAAAUCAUCUGAAUCACACAUGUAAAAACUAUGCCAGUGUGAUUCUGCACACACAAAAUACUCUCAAGAAACAAAGGCUAUGAUUAUUUGUUUGUUCUCCACUUGAAAGGUUGCCAUGGUGCCAUCAGAGCAAGUGUGCACGAUGGAGAGCUUGGUGUCAAUCUCAGGCCCAUAAAAGUCUGGAGGUUUUGUAUGUGUUGUAGAGACAGAGGUGAGGGUGUCCUCAUCUUGUGGCCUCUUACUGAACCUCCUUAAGCCCCCAAAGUAAGGCAAAUUGAAGUAAAUGAACUUUUGAGAACUUCGGCUAUGGCUGCACGAUUUCGGUCAAAAAUAAAAUCCAGAUUUUUCUGAAUUCUUGAUAUUUUAUUCAGUGACAACUUCUCCAAACCUGACUUGGAAAAAAUAAGUUUUUCUAUCAUCUCUCAAAAUGAAACCACUGAAAACGAUGUAGUGCAUGUGCCAAGCCAGUAAGUGGCGCUGUAACGCUGCACAGGAAAUGCACUAAAGACAGAAGAAGAGUACGGAGCAUGUGUAUAAAUGUUGUUUUGGCCGGACACCUGCAGAUGCAAUAAAAGAGUUACGCUGUGUAUCACAUAAUCAUUUAUAGAGAUAUGCAGAUAGGCAUCCACACAAAGAGUAAAUGGUAGUCGUUUACAGAUUUAUGCACCCAUUUUCAAAAAGUACCGCUUACAGUCACCCGAAACGCUGUUUCUGCAUAAAUAAAACGCCAAUAAAACAAAAAACUUUUGCGUUUACUCCCGAAUUCGUUUCUGUGUGUACGGGUUGAUACCGCCUUCAGACAGACUUUGAAAUGGGGAGUGGUUUGCUCUUCAUCUGAAACUGUGAAGCCGUACCAAUUCCACAUGACUCUCUCUUGCUCCUUUUAGCCUUGAAAUUAUCACCUCCUUUUGUAAACGCCAUGUUUGUUUUUCUAACAUUAUCAUAAUUAACUAAUCCAAUUACGAUUUAAAAUCGAUUAAUCGCGCAGCCCUAACUUUGACCCUUGAUCAUCCCAUAUAUGCCCUGUGAUUGUGACCCUCAGCCUGCCCCGUAGUUAAGGAAGUCAGGCAGCAGAAACCUUGUUGAUGGCGAGCUUGAUCAAACCUCUUAGAUCAGAAAUGGAUGAAGAAACAGAAACUCACCCUCAAUGCUCUGCUGUUGUGUGUGUGUGUGUGUGUGAAGUGGAGCUGCAGUGUUGACAGCAGCAGGUUCAGCUCGUAACAGUUUUAAUUAAAGUUGACCUGCAGAGAGAAAAAAUAACAGUAAACAGGUGUAAACUCUCCACCUGAGUGUGAUGCUAUCACUCAACCAGGCUACACACACACACACACACACACAUACACACACACACACACAUAAACAGUCAUCCCUCCUCCGUGCUGCUUAUGCAACCAGGCAGAGAGAAACAGCAGCAGUUGUUGACAGUGUGUGUCUGAGUGAUGAAGACUACAGUGUGAGGAAGAGGAGGGGAGACCGAUGACAGAACAAACAAAGCGAAGCAUCCAUCUGCUUAUAACACAGACUCAUCAUGACUCACACACAGAUUUGAUGCCUCAGUACAGCAGAGUUUGUCCAUUUCUUAAACCAUCUCCCUGAGGUCAUCAUCAGCCUUUCAUAGAGCUCAAUGUGUUCAAAUGUGGUACCAAGGAAAACAAAAUUUAAAUAUUGGUGAUAAACAUGAAAAUGAGAAACCAACACAGAGCUAAAUAUCUUUUUAAACAUUGCUGCAACAACAAACAGAACAACCUCUGGUCUUAAAUGUGUCUUAAAAAAUGAAGAAAGAGAGAGGAGAGACUAGAUCACCAAGAGAGCAUUGUUUUCUCUUUGUGGAUCAGCCAAUCACAGCUUUUGAAAGAAUGUGUCGACCACGCCCCCUUCACUGAGAUUCAAAACUGCUCUGAGACCUCUACUCACUCCUUGCUCAAAGGUUUUUCUUUUUCUUUUCUUUUUAUCAAAGUUUGGAGCUCGCUGAGAUGAUUCUCAAAAUGUUUCUGAGUAUGCACCAUGGAGCUUGUGUAAAAAAAAAAGAAAAAAGUAAGAGCGCAGUUUAAUAUUUUACUCAAAAAUAGCCAAAAUGACCCAAAGAGUGCCAACAAGAGGAUGGUAGAAACCACCCAGAGGAAAAUACUUAAGUUUUAGAGUCCCAACUAAAGGCGCUGAUGAUUCCUCGAUUAAUCUUACCUGCAAAGACACCUCUAUCCUUACCCAGCUGGGGCUCUGCGCAUGUCCGUAUUUUAACACAAGACUUCAACAAUAAUAUUUGUCUAAAGUGCAGGAGCUGGAACACGCCAAUCAUUAUCAUCACCAUUUCCUCUCUGAUUGACUCUCACUCAUGAGGAGUUUGUUUUCCUAAAUGAACAGAGAGAUAUGAUCUUCCUUUUAUCACUCAUGAUGGUAUCAUAAUAAAAUCUGUCACCAGUCAGAUUGUCUGCUCUGUCUGAGAUAAUCCUGUUAGCAGUGAAAUGGGGAACAGACACAUCCGAUAGUGCUGCAAGAGCACCACCUAGUGGACAGACUCUGCACUGUACUUGUUUAAAGAACAGUAGUUGAACUGAGUUUUUAUCAGGUCUGUUGGAGCGUUCGUUGUGUCCUCAUGUUUUAUCUCUUGAGUCAUCCCUCUGUGUUUUCUCUCAAACAGGAGACGAUCUGAUGCGCUGUGUGGACCUCUAUAAUCAGUCUCAGUCCAAAUGGUUCGAGGAGAUGGUCACCACCAGCCUGGUAAGAAUUCGCCGUCAUUAAUGAAUGCGGAGAAAUGCCCCCUGUGUUAGAAUGUUUAUUUCUGCAUGUAUUUGAGACACUGUGCAUGACAGGGAGUUUGGUGAGUGUCUCAGUCUGGUGCUUUUAAGCUGUGCAUGACUGAAGUGAAGGAGACUGGUGAGGAAGUGGUGUUUUUGUCACACGGCAUCCAUAGAUCAUCCUCAUACCAGGAGCAGUAUGACGAUAUGAGGAAACAAUACUAGCCAAGCCCUCUGUCUCAACAAAAACUCUAUUCACAUGGUGGGCCUAGUUUAAAGUAUGUUUGUCCGUAUGAGUCAUAAGUGUGGAGUGUGAUAAAUAGUGAUAUUGUGUGUAAACAGUCUGAGAAUCACUGUCCACUCUGGUCCUCAGGAGCUGGAGCGGCUGGAGGUGGAGCGAGUGGAGAUGAUCAGACAGCAUCUGUGUCAGUACACCACCCUGAGACACGAGACCGACAUGUUCAACCAAAGUGUGAGUACCAGUUAAGCUCCGAACCAAACUCACUGUAACUGAAGGGGAGGACAGAGGAGAAGACCUGAGUUACACAGACAGUAUAAAUGGUUAAUCUUAACAGUUAUUUUUCUCAUUAAAGGGAUAUUCUGGUGAAAAUUUAAGUUAGGGUCAAACACACCGUAACACCGAGUAAGACACCCGCUCGAGAGAUGAAUGUUGCAGACUGCUUGCUUCUUGUGUUAUACCAACUUCAGCAAUGACCGCACGUUAGCAAUACACAGCAGUCUAUGUCUUCACAUGCAAACCUCAACCAAAAAGCCUCUCUAUAGCCAGAAAUAAUGCUCAGAACAGUACCUAACUUCAUCAACAGUACAUAUAGGGUCCCAGCCAUAGAUCAAGCCACCAAACAUCUUUUUAACUUUGCCUGAUUCUUUAGCAAAGAGACUAAACACAACUCACCCUCUCUCCUUUAGCCGCCACUUAUUUGUGGGGGAGCCCUGACGAGUCGAUCACUGAGUGCAGCAGAUCAUUUCCAUGAAGUAAUAAUCAUCGUAAUGAUCAUUUUAGUUUUUCUGCGGUAGUGCCUCUGUCUGAUUGCAUUUCCAUGAAGUAAUGAUCAUAAAUGUUCUUCCUUGAGCUGCGAAACUCUGCUGCAGUCGGAAAUUCAAGUGCAGCAGUUUGUGUGUGGAGAUGUAGACCGCUGUGUAUUGCUAUCGUGCGGUUGUUGCUAAAGUUGGUAUAUCUAGGGAAGCAAGCAGUCAGCAACAUUCAUCUCUCGAGGGGGGUCUAACUCUGUGUUACGGUGUGUUUGACCAUAACUUCAAUGUACGCUGGAACAACAACAAAAAAAAGUACAUUUUCUGAUGUAUUUGUGGCACACAAAGUGAAAUAUUUUAAAAGAUUUUAAGUCCAUUUUUGUUUUAAUGUGAUGAUUUUGGCUUACAAUUCAUGAUAGGUAUCCAAAAUGAUCAGAGUAUUUCCUGAAAUCAAUCAUAAAAAGGGUUUUAAAAACAGUCGCCCCCUGCUGGACAGAAGAAAAAGAAGAAAAAGUUCCCUCAAGCAUUGGCUUCACUUUUUAAGUCAAGAAGCAAUAGUCUUCAUCAAUCCCAUAACUUCUAAACUUAAACCAGCAGAGGGAGCUAAAGAGAAACAUCACUGUUAAACUAUGACCUGCUGUUCUCUCCUUGUCCAGACGAUGGAGCCGGUGGACCAGCUCCUGCAGUGUGUGGACCCUGUUAAAGACAGAGAGCUGUGGGUAAAGGAGAAUAAGACUGGAGAGAUCAGACCGGUGGACAUCGAGAUCUGACCCCAGAUCUGCUGUUACGCUCUGACACACUGACCCAGAGGACGUGAAACCUGAGCUGGGAUCUUAGCCCCACCCCCCACUGACUCACCUGUGACUCCAAACAGACUAAAGGAGGAUCAGUCAGCGCUCACUGCAGCCUGGCGAGGACAAUGGCAGUUUUGGGGGGGGUAUUAUUAAAGAUGUCAGUUUUUCUGUUAUGCAAGCUGAUCCAGCGUAGGAGAAGAGGAGCUGUGUGUGUGAACUGUGAGCUGAAUGUGCAGGAAGCAGCGACAUUUAGCAGCUUUAUGUGAUGCAGCAGUGUGUUUGUGCUUUGGCUCUGUGAGGUCACUUAUAUGUGACUUAGGAACAAAAAAAAAAGUUUAACAGAUGCUGCUAAGCAAAAUGCAUUCUGACCUGAGAGUGUUAUAUUACUGUGUACCAGAAUUAAACUAAAGUAUUUUAAUACUAAUACGUUCAGGUAUUGACUGUUUGCUAAGCCCCGCCUCCUCAUGCACAGAUGCUUCUUCUGUUUAAUCUUAUGCAGCACAUUUUGAGAGCACUUGAUCUGAAGAGGAUCUCAUGCAGAUUUACCACCUCAAUGUGAAAGUAAAAUAGAAACAGCAGAUCUGAAACGUUGUACUGAAAUCAGUUUUUAAGCAUUCACUUGUCGAAGAAGGUCCACUUAGGCUGGGAAGCUCUGAGUCAUCCCAGGUCACCAUGUUUGAGGAUGUAUAUAGAGGGGCAUCAAACGGUAAUUUUUUAACUUAUCAGGAAAAAUAUUUAAGUGACAAAAACUAUCUUCAGUAAAGUCUCAAUGGCAUCAAUGUCUGAUAGUCAAUACAUCAAAAUGUAGUAUCAGUACAUGCAGGACUAGACUUCAGUUCAUGUUCGGUCUGUAGUAUCGAUCAAUCAGGUGUCUCCAGGCUUUAAUGAAAGCAGGACAAACAGACUGUAUGGAGAGCAGAAGCAGGUUGAACAUAAUCCACUGUAGUCUGAGUCAGGUGUUACCUGGAGUGAUGGAUCUGGCCUUCAUUGAGCUGGACUGAUUGUAAACUUUGUGAUUUAUAAUAUUAACCUGAACUUAAAAAUGAACAAAGAUUGUGAAAACAGCACAAGGAACAAAUAUUGUGCGGGUGAGUUUAUUGACACUGUAGAUGAGAUCUUGACCAUGCACCAUAGUACGUCUAACUGCACGUGUGCGGAGCAGUGCCAUUCGAAUAGUUAAAAGAUCAAACUCUCAGUGUCUGCUGACUUUUUAUGGUCAAAGUUUGUGAUAAAGACACAAAGAAGAAACAGCUUUAGUCGCAAAGAUCAUUGUGUUUUCCAGUAACUGAGCAAAUGUCCAAAUCCUUCACUGUGUCUGUGGAUAGAUACUCUCAAACUUAGGACUCAUUAAUUACAGAGAAAUCACAAGAAUAUCUACAAUGAGGCUGAGACCCCCCAGACACAGAUGGACAGACACUCCUCUGGAGGCUGUUACCAACAAAGAAAUGACUGUUUAUUUUGUAGGAAUAUCUCAGGGGAUUAAUUCUCCUCCUGUUUUUGAUGCCUCUCGAGUUGCUAAUUAGAUUGUUAGAAGUUCACAGUCACGCCAGAAGUAGAUAAACCCUCUAACUUUUUCUUUAUCAGCUGAUAUGGGUUGAAAUAGUAAUAAUCUACCUGUAUUUACAGGUUUGCAAACAUGGAGCACAGCAGGAUAACAAAGAUGAGCUUCCCACCCUAGGUAGGAUGUUGAAGAAAAAGGGCCACUGUUUGAAUAUUUGAGUUAUAUUGGAGAUUCAAAACAAUGGCGCCCAUAAAGAGGUCAUGAAUAAUGGCAGAAACACCUCUGUGUUGUCCUCCAUAAUACAGUAACAUCCUCAUGUUUGUUGCAUUCUGUUCAAGGCUUGAAAACAAAACCACGUGAGGAGUAUCCCUCUCAUCAGAUCCCAGUACAUGUACAUGCUUGAAGGUUUGGGGUUUAGCAGAUCGUCAGUUUCUCAGCACAGACAUCAUAAAUCUGGUCAUGCCUCCCUACCAAAAAAAAAAAAAAAUCACACAUUCAAAGCUCAAGAUCUCUCAUCUGUACCUGUUUGUCUGCAUUCCUAUCAAGACUUAUAAAUCAGCCGAUUGCACUUUAUACCCAAAUGAUUUUUAAUAAGUAUACUGUAAAUUUUUGUUGAUAUGAAAUCAUAAAGAGAAUUUAGCUGUAACACUUUUAUUACUAAUGAAAGUUGGGAUUGUUGUGUUUAAAUGUGUAAAUAUAUGCAAAGAGUGACCAAUAAAAGGAUCCAAAACACCCUAAAGAUGUACUCAAACAUUUUCAAACAUUUGGUUCUGAAGUUAUUUGAGACAAAAAAAAAAAAAAAAAAUCAGUGUUUUAUAUGUCGUGGUUGAAACAGACCCUUUUACUAUCCUGCAGAUUUGCAAACGUCAGUCUGUGUGAUUCAGUGUCGGUGCUGCAGCCUGCAGAAGCUAAAUGUUGUGCAAAAUACUCUACGAUCACCAUGUCCUGUUCAGUGUUACCGCUUAGUGUUACCUGACUGUUGAGAGAAGAGGAUCCAGUUAUUUUGUACAUUAACAGCAGAAAGUUGGCCUUCUUCUUUAAUAAAAUGAAAAUAUGCUAACAUGAUCGUUUCCCCUUUUUUAUUCUUCACUUUGUGUUUGACAUGAUGAGGAAAUUUCAAACAGAUUCCGACACCUAAAAAAUGUAAAAGUCGUUUAUUGCAAUAAUACAAAAAAAAAACAUUUUCACAUUCAACAUUAAAAUGCUUUGGUCAAAAAAUUAGAUUUAGUGGAAAUAAAGAUGUGGUUUAAAGUUUAGACAGAGACACACCUGGAUUCUUUUGGAAAGCUAAAGUAGAAACAUCAACGCUGUGCUUUUCAUAACAGACUGUCAAAUAACCCAUUUAUUGGCUGCACUUCGCUGCAUACUACACUUAACUAGGGAAGCCCUAAACAGACAUGCAUACUCAAUAUUUCCAUGAUAAUGAGUGCACCUGGGUGUUCUUGUGACAUUGCAACUUAUCUAGUUAGUUACUACAAAACAAGGAAUAUUUGCCACUUCAGCAUGUAACACAAGAAAGUUUAAACUGACCCUCUGCGUGGCAAUCUCCAGCGUUCACAAUGUGCAGUUUUUGUGCAGCCGUGUAGCUCUUUCUAAACCUGCUAUUGAAUUCGCACACAGCUAAUUGUUGAUACAGUACGGUUGUCAAGUCGCAUCAGCAAACUCAGCUUUUGUCUAAAAUGAGGCAGUUUUAAAGUCAAACCAGCGCUCCAGGAUUAUUUACCUCAUAGUGUGUCUUUAAAUGCAUGAUUAUGACCUGAUGAAGGAGAAGAGCUGUUAAAAAAAUGUCACAAUUGUGCGCUGUGGGUGCAAUGUUGGUUAAUAAAGCUGGUGCAAGAUUAUAGCCUCAUCUUCUAGGUAAGAAAAUGACGUGACAAACCACAUUAAAAUACCUAACUCUGCAUUUCAUUCUGGUAUACAGAUCUCACCUGAGUAUGGGACGCAACUCACUCUUUAAAUGAAAAAAAUAAUAACUCUAAGGAAAUAAUAAUUCUAUCUUUGUUUGUCCUUUAAUUUUGGUGAUACACGCUGAUUUUGGAAUGUCACUUGAGUGCAGGUGAAACCAAUAGACCUCUUUCACAGUACGCGGAAGUUAGCAUUCUGCUCACUUCCGGUGUUAGCGUGUGGUGGAGCCACUUAGCAUCACCCAUAGACGGCCAUUCUUUUUCACGAUAUUAACAAGCUCACGACUCGUUUUUUUGAAAGGUAAUGUAAUAUUUUAUGCUUUGUGCUGUUUUACUAACUCCUGUUCUUCAUAAUACUGUCCGGAUUUUGUACUUUACUUUUCGAGAAUUAUGUUUAAUAGGUCUGGAAAUUUUCUGAUGAUGGUAACCAUUGCUCUUCAGUAAUGAUCUGGAAACUAAAGAAUAAUUGUCAGCUCAAAACCUACCCAGUUUUGUGACUUUUUUAAUCUAUGCUACUCAGUUUUGAGAAUAUAACAGCAGAAAUAUGCUAGCCAAAUUGGUACAGCUAGCAGGUUGGCCAAAAACCAAGGGGUGGCAAAUCAGAGAGCUAUAUGGUAGCUGUUAGGUCCAUAUUUACUGUCAAAAUGUUUUUUUUUUUUAGCUGGCUUUACAAAGAUACAGAUGGGUUAGCUCAAAAGUCAGGUCGGUUAGCUGCUGUUGUUUCCAAAGUUUGAUAGAGAAAGACACGUUUCUUAAGGCAACUAAUGGCAGGUAGGCUGCUCUGGACAGUCUGUAUUUUAAAAAUCUAAAAAAAAUUUCCAAUCAAAGGUGGGGUUGGCAGGAUUCCGUUAAAGAAGCAUCUUUUUUGUGGUGUUUACACAAAAAAGCUUUUAAUAAAAGCAAAUAGCUAUUAGUUAUUGAUGAUGUUUGGGAAUAUCACGAUAUCGCUGUGUUUUGUUAUUUCUGUGUAGUCAACAUUUUAAAAUUUCAGAGUGGCCCGCUCUUUCUAAAUGUGAACAAAGCCAUUCUUUGCCUCCCCCAACCUGAUUGGUUGUGAGCCAGACGCUGCUCCCUCAUGUUGUGAGGCAUGCUCCAUACCCUUGAAUAACAUUCAUGAGCCCAAACAAAGUUAGUCUGCUACAAUAUCGGACAGUAGAAACCAACCUGAAAGUACCGAAAAUUGUCUGAAUCCUCCUUUGGUUAUGACUACCAACACAAGCAAGAAAACAAAGUAAAUACCGAAGACUCUGGCGGAGCAACAGGCGCUAAAAAGGAGGUAGACCACCUGGACAAGAGCUAAAAAGCCGGGUCAACAUCAGUGAACGCUUCGGGAUCUUACGGACCCUGUAACCUUUCUGCUGGACAGGUAAACUGCUUUAACAAAGUAAGUGUCUGUAACAGAAGUGUUUCUUGUCAAAAAGGACCUGCUGCAUGUUGUUAACUGUUUACCUCGGGUUCUGGAGUUGCACUUUAUCCUAGUUGUAGAAGUCCUCCAAGCAUUUUGUUUGCUGGUAGUGUGUUGGCAUCUACAGUAGCACCAAUGCUUUUUAUUUCACGUUGACUAGGCCCCAUUUGUCAUUAUCUGAAAUAUUUAUCUGCAUUAUAUCUGAAUUUAAUUGAAACGAUAUGAGCGAGCAGGAGCGUCUGUUUGUGGGCGGGGCUUGCUGGAGCAGAGAGGGAGGGGAGAGGAGGAGCUGAGGGGAAAACUGGUUGGGAGGGGUAGUGUUUACAUUCAAGAUUUCUCCUAAAAACUGUCAUCUUCUCAGAUCCUGCCUACCCCACCUUUAGUACCCACAAUACUUUCAUUCUCAUCAUCUAAUUUGCUUGCAUUAACUCAAGCUUUAUAUACUCUAUAUACUGUUGACUGAAUAACUGUGAGACUUAGAAAUGGCUUUAAAUAUUCUUCAACAAUCUGUGACGUCAGCUGAAGAUGACACUCUUUGGUUGCCACUUCAAAUGUGUCUUAAAAUACCAAUAAUGAGGAGUGAAGGCCUGUUAGUUUAAUGUCAUCAGAUUUCUUGUAGGUUUUUAAAUCACCUCUUUUCAGUUAUUGUCAUGAAGUGUUGCCAUUUAAUGAAAUUCAACAAACCUUCCAGUACAGUUUUCCAUACUUAAUAUUUUUACAUUCAGAUAUUACAUUAUAAAGACGACGUAAAAGUGUGUAAAAUUAAAGCUGGAGCGUGUUAUAGAAGCUGUGAUUAAAUGAUGUGUUCAGACCAAAAGGGAAGCUUUAUCAAAACAUUCAACCCAAGCAGAAAACUCUCGAACCUUUUGUCCCCAGAUGUUCCUGAAGUCCGAAACACACUGUUUCUCUUGCCUCAGUUUAUCAAGAAUGGAGCUCACAACUGUGCUACCAAACAAAACCCGCCCCCUAUUGGUGUGAACACAUCCUACAGGCCUUAACAGGAGGAAAGGAAGGAGUACAUUGUCCACUCAGUCAGCUGAAGCAGUCUGUUUAUGACCUGAAUGUGACGUGAAACUGCCAUUUCAGCCCCUUUGCGGUUUCAAACUUCGUACCAUGUUUCACUUCUUCCAGAUGAUGAUGCACUGCAGCACCUGGAGGGAGACAGAGCUGUCGGCUGGGUUUCUAAUCCACCAUGAGCUUCUUCAGGGAGUUGAGAUACGCAGGGAUAAGGGAGCUGACGGACUCCUCGUCAUCAUUGAGGAUCUUCUCUCCUCGGCCCUCUGAGCCUGCAGAGCUGGGGGACCUGACCAGGCUGGGAUAUGGAGUGCUGUAACCCUGGAGGAGAAGACAAUCAUACCAUAGAGUCUUUAUUAUUGCUGCAGCAUUAUUUGCGUUUGGCGUCAGGGGUUCACCCUUAUCACUGCUCACAGAUUUAUUUUACUUGAAAUCUGAGAAUUGAUGAGAAAGCUUAAAGGGAUAUUUGGCAUAAAUUUAAUUUAGGGUCAAACACACCGUAACACCGAGUCAGACACCCCCUCGAGAGAUGAAUACUGCAGACCGCUUGCUUCUCUAGUUAUACCAACUUAAGUAAUGGUGAAGAAAGAGCUGAGCCGUAAGGCAACAAACUUUUUGUGCUGCAUAUUUGUCAGUCAAAUGUAAAUGAAACAGUUAAGAAUCAGAUUUAUGUAAUAAUACCAAUAAACCUCAUGUGUUUAGAAUAAUUAAUGAAGAUUUAUGCAUUCAU